AUGGCUCUGUCAGUAGACUCUGCUUGGUAUCGCUGGCAGUCUCGGUGGUCUGUAGAAGAGGUCUCCCAGACUCAGUUGGAAUCAGCACCUCUGUUGUCAGCUGACAAAGAGAGGCAGAAAUACGUCUUAGACAAAUGGAGAGUUGUAUUUCCCAGUAAUGAGAGAUUUCAGAAAGAAUCAGAGAAAGUCUGCCGUGUUUAUUCUGGAAAUGGGAUACGGACCACCAAGUACACUUUGCUGACUUUUAUACCUCAAAAUCUCUUCGAGCAGUUUCACAGGUAUUUCCAUACACACCACAACUAUAUAGAUAAAAAGGUUUUGCAUAUAUUUUCAGGAUGGAAAGGCAUUCAGAAGAAAUGCUAGAACGGUAAAGCAAAGCAAAAAGUGUUAGAUGGGGUAGUUUGAGUUAAAAAGUCUAACCUACAGUAGUUAAAUCUGAAAACUCAAUCAGUGUAGUGUACUGUAGAAUUUAACAGAAAAAUUCCAAUUUUCAUAGGGUACAGCCAGGUUAGCUUGGAAAAAAAUACACAAAAUAUAACAUAUUCGAUACGGCCAAACACCUACAACAUUAAAAACAAUAGAGUCCCAUGGCAACCUAAAUGUAUUGUGGCAAAGACUACAGUCCACUAUGUCAAAUGUUUAAUACCAAUCAGUUACAACAACAGCAAAAACUAUACUCAUCCAUAAUUUAACCCUGGAUGAAGAUCCUUGUCUGGCAUAUAUUACAGAGAUAUGGGUGGAUGAAGCAGGAGUUCUGUUCCUAUCACAGCUAUGGACAGUUAGUUUCCUAAUACACCACUAAUGGAGAAUUUGCAAGUGGAGGUCUAGUCACAUGGAUAAAUAGAAAUUUGGUUUCUGUCAUCAUGUUCCCCUAGUAUAUGAAUAUAUAGUAUAUAAAAAUGUGGUGACAGACCACAUAUGUAGCAUGUGUGUUGUGGGUUUUGGGAUCUAGGAAUGGGUUGGGAUUUCUACUUAGUACACUGCAUGGCAAAUUCCGUAAAUGAGCUUAUUCAGGUGACAUAGAAUUAGUGUUGAGAUCUUUCUGAUAGGGUAAAACCCCGUAUUUCAUGGCUGCCAUGAUAACCAAGAGACUAACCCAAUACAUUAAAGUGAAGGGUCCCCUGACUGUUAGUUCCAGUCACCGACGACUCUGGGGUUGCGGCGCUCAUCUCGCUUUAGUGGCCGAGGGCAUAUAGAUUUCAGGUCAUGUGGCCAGCAUGACUAAGCCGCUUCUGGCGAACCAGAGCAGCGCACGGAAAUGCUGUUUACCUUCCUGCCAGAGUGGUACCUAGUUAUCUACUUGCACUGUGUGCUUUCGAACUGCUAGGUUGGCAGGAGCAGGGACCGAGCAACGGGAGCUCACCCCGUCAAACAUCUGACCUUCUGAUCGGCAAGCUCUGUGGUUUAACCCACAGCACCACCUGCAUCCCCACCCAAUACUAUACUAGCCCAGAUAUACUUCAGAUCAUGGUCUCAACUUGAUUUUCUAUUUCGACUGAACAAGGAGUAGCCUCGUAUGGGGAGAUUAAGUAUCUCCUUUGUCCUUGGCAGACCAUUCUUUAGUGAAGCCCUGCAGCUUGCAGCCCUUGAGAGGGUGAGCAUCUCAAGAAGCUAAUUGAUCCAAGUAGUGCAGGGGUCAGCAAACUUUUUCAGCAGGGGGCUGGUCCACUAUCCCUCAGACCUUGUGGGGGGCUGGAUGAUUUGGGGGGGUGAACCAAUUCCUUUGCCCCACAAAUAACCCAGAGAUGCAUUUUAAAUAAAAGCACACAUUCUACUCAUGUAAAAACACCAGGCAGGCCCCACAAAUUACUCAGAGAUGCAUUUUAAAUAAAAGGACACAUUCUACUCAUGUAAAAACAUGCUGCUUCCCAGACCAUCUGUGGGCCGGAUUUAGAAGGCCAUUGGGCCAGAUCCGUCCCCCGGGCCUUAGUUUGCCUACCCAUGAAUUAGUGUUUCAGACUUUUCCUGUUGUUGUUAACUACUCAAAAAGAACCAAAUUAGGAAGUGGAAAUCAAGUGUAAAAUUAUCAACCUCUUUUAAUAGGAUACAAAUUUUUUUAGGCUGGCCAAUGUCUAUUUCCUGUUCUUGGUGAUCAUCAACUGGUUCCCACAGCUAGAAGUCUUCCACAGGGAGAUCACAAUGCUACCUUUGGUUGCUGUGCUUUUAGUUAUCGCAAUUAAAGAUGGUGCUGAAGAUUUUAAGAGAUACAGGUUUGAUCAGCAAAUCAAUUCUUCCAAGACUAAAGCAUACAAUAGGUAAGCCUUCUUCUGCUUCAUUAACUAAUACUCCAGAUCUCCAUUCCAGCGCUCCGUUCCAUCCUUUUCGGCACUGGCUCCGACCUGGUGGAACACUCUGUCACAAGAGACUAGGGCCCUGCAGGACUUGACAUCUUUCCGCAGGGCCUGCAAGACAGAGCUGUUCCAUCUGGCCCUUGGUUUGGACUCAGUCUGACCCUUUUGUUUUCCCUCCCCUUACGGUUUUGAUUCAUGGGCUACUUUUAAAAUGAGGCUGCAUUUUAAAUUGCAUUUUAACCUGUAUUUUAAAUUGGUGGGGGUUUUUUCCUAUUAUGAUUUUACUGUAAUUUUACUGGUGUUAGCUGCCCUGAGCCCGGCUAUGGCCGGGGAGGGCAGGGUAUAAAUAAAAUUUAUUUUAUUAUUACUAUUAUUAUUAUUAUUACUACUACUACUACUACUACUACUACAAUUAAAUAACCAGCAAUCAUAUUCUGUAGUGGGUGAUUUCUGCUUUAAAAUUCAUGUUGAAAUCCUCUUCUGGCUCUAGAUGGCAUCUUAAAUACUUAUUUUGGCAAACAUAUUAGAAAACCAUUCUAGUGUUAUGCUGGGAUUACUUGAAUUCCUGCCAGACUGCAACGACCAGUCUGCAUGCUUCUGCAGGAGACACUUCUAUCUCUACAGAGUUGCUGUUGACAAAAGGGAUAUGUACCGUAUUUUUCGCACCAUUGGACGCACUUUUUUACUCUUAAAAAGUAAGGGGAAAGGUCUGUGCGUCCUACGGAGCGAAUGUGUGGUCCCUGGAGCCAAAUUGCCGGAGUGCGGCACACUCUUGGACUGGUCUUUGGUAGUGGUGGUGGAGCCGCGCUCCCCUGCCGGCAGCCUCUGCUUCCCCCUGCAGCCCCGGGAAGCUUUGGAGGAACCGGAGGGCUGUGCGCCCAUGCCGCGCACUCCUGGGCUGCUGAAUGGGGGUGGGGGGGAGAGCCGCGCUCCCCUGCCGGCAGCCUCUGCUUCCCCCUGCAGCCCCAGGAAGCUUUGGAGCAAGGGGAGGGCUGUGCACCCAUGCCCCGCACUCCUGGGCUGCUGAAUGGGGGCGGGGGGGGGAAGCCGCACUCAUCUGCCAGCAGCCUCGGCUUCCCUCUGCAGCCCCGGGAAGCUUUGGAGCAAGGGGAGGGCUGUGCGCCCAUGCCGCGCACUCCUGGGCUGCUGAAUGGGGGUGGGGGGGAGAGCCGCGCUCCCCUGCCGGCAGCCUCGGCUUCCCUCUGCUGCCCCGGGAAGCUUUGGAGCAACGGGAAGGCUGUGCGCCCAUGCACCACGCUCCAGGGCUGCUGAAUGGGGUUGGGGGGGUGCUGCUCUGCCAGCAGCCUGCCCUUCCCCUCAAGGUUUGGAGCAGUGGGCAGGCUGUGCGCCCAUGCCCCACACUCCUGGGCCGCUGAAUGGGGGUGGGGGUGCUGCUCUGCCAGCAGCCUGCCCUUCCCCUCAAUGUUUGGAGCAGCUGGCAGGCUGUUCACUGAGAGAGGGGAGGAAGAGGACGGAGAGGAGGGGGACCAAGAAGCUGGGUGAAGGGAGAUGCGGUACCAUAGGUUGCCGUGAGUGGAGAGUCAUGGUAGAGGGCAAAGGAGAGGGAGCAGUGAAGGGGAGAAAUUGUAGACAUCACCUGAGGAGUUUGGGUGAAAGGGAUGGAGAGGAGGAGGCUGGAAAAGGGGACUGUUCUGCUUGGGGGGAGAGAAAAAAGUGGGGAAAAGGAAAGCCUCCCAAGCCUGCCGCUGAGAAGCUCUGCUUGGCUGUUUCUUGACUGUAAUUCAAGUAAAGGGAAUGUUUGCGAGCAGCUGGCAGGCUGUUCGCUGAGAGAGGGGAGGAAGAGGAUUGAGAGGAAAAAAUGUGGCAUUAGCAAUGCUUUGGAUGGAUACGAAGAUGGUAUUUUACAUGAAGAUAGCGAAGAAAGUGAUGUCAGUGACUGUGAGCAACUGAGCUUCAUAAAUUCUGACUUUAGCAGUGAUGAGUUCUUGGGGUUCACAGAAGACUAGAAGAGUACUCAAACCUUAAAGUCUCUCUUCGUUUGUUAAUGACAGUGAUGAUGGUUCUUAAUGCCAUUGUUAACUGCUGUUCACUUUACAUGGCUGUAAUGUGAUUCUGAUAUACCGGUUGUUUAUUAAAUACAGUAGUUUAUACAUUUGAUUCAGAAUAUUAUUUCCUUGUUUUCCUCCUCUAAAAACUAGAUGCGCCCUAUGGUCGGGUGCAUCCAAUGGAGCGAAAAAUACGGUAACUUCCAACACUCCUAGUGCCCACCAAGAAUGCUCUUGUGCUCCUGCUUGCAGGAAGAAUCUGCUUGGCCACUGUGAGAACAGGAUGCUGGACUAGAUGAACCAUCAUUCUGAUCCAACAGGCUCUUCUUAUGUUCUUAUGGCCAUAUAAAGCACUUAGGCACCAGGGAGGAAUUCUAUUUCCUAGGGUCUCUGGUGCUUGUAACAUCAUUAAAGCAUUCCAACAAGUAGCACUUUGCAUUUUAAUGAGACACUACCUAAUUUUCACUUUGUGAACCAAAAUGCAAACAGAAAUGCUGCUAUCCUUCAAAAUUAAUACUUUUCUGAAUUUUGUGAUGACGUUAUUCAGACAAAGAAUGGGUGGUAGUCAACUAUGUUUUACUCAGAAUAAACCCACUGAAAUUAAUGGACCUAACGUAACCUUUCUCAUUAAUUUCAAUGGAUCUAAUUUAAGUAAAGCUUCACUGAAUACCACCCAUUGUACAUCUGUUAGAAGAAAAUCUGCAUAAAAGCAUACAUAUUAGUGAAAGUAGCGUGCGCACACAAAAAUGCUUUUUAUUAGAGGCAAUGGCUUGCAAUACUGUAUCUUAGGCAAAACUGCAUAUGGAAAUCUGUUUAUUGGGAGAAAAUUGCAAUGAAAGGCUGGUGAAUUUUCAUCAGGAUCUCUUUUAAAAACCACCAAUUGCUAUGGAAAUGUGGAAAACUGAAUUUAAGAUUGGAAAAAAUGAGAAACUUAACUGAGACCAGUUUCGUCCAUCCCUACUCACAAUGUGGGGUUAGAAGACUUUCAGGAGGGUAUUUGGGUUUUGCUGCAUUCCCAAAUAUGUAAUUGAGACUUGGGCUCAGAAUUAACUAAGCUACUAUAUUUUGUUUUAAAUGGAUUUUCUGAUCCCAAUUCAAAUCAAGCCACGUAAUAUUUGCUUGUCACUAGAUCUGUAUAUGUUUUUACAACUGCCAAUGGGCAUUGAGGAAGUGGAAACCUCUUUGUGGGGACUCCUUAAGAAGUUUUGUGCUGGAACUGGAACAGUCCUGUAACUGGAAGUGUACCUCACAUCAAUACUAAAGAAGGAGGCAUCAAACUGCAUUGUUCUAUGCCUUGGGGAGGGGGAAUCUUUUACAAGUGCUAUAGUGCUUUGGCCCCUGGCCUCCUAACACCACACCACAGAAAGUUAUUCACAAAAUAAAGAUGCAACCUGUUUUCAGCAGCUCUGUAUUCAACUCCUCUUUCUCCUUUCCACUUCCUGGUCCAGGCCCAACUUGACUAUUUCAUUUUUGGCUACAAGAAGGAAGCAGAAUGCAAAGGAAUAACAUUUCCAGAGGCUGGGAAUCCUCAUGGUGACAAGAAAUACAAUAUAUUAAGAAAAGUAAACACAAAUAUGCAAAUGUUCUUUUUUGUGCAAAUAAUGCAGGCUGUAGAAUUCAUCUUUGGUCUGUGUGUAGUUUAGUUUUGUUGCAUAGAAUUUCUUUGUGCAGAAAUUUGAUUGAUUUUGAGCCCUGUAUGCAUGUGCACGCACACACAUACAUGGCAUUUAAUAUAUAUUAAACCUGUGAUAUUAAGAAUAUGUCCCAAAUAUUCAAAUAAGAGACAAAUAGGCUGAAACAUUGUCUGCUGUUCACAGUGAGAUUCAGGAAGUUUCUAUACAAGUGUAUAUCUGAGGAACAAAGUCCUCAUUCAUCACUACAAAGAGCAAGCACUAGGACCCAGGAUCACUCACUUGGAUGACUGGAAAACCGGUUUAUAGGAGGAUGAUACCUGUGUGCAUUUGUGACGUAGGUGUUCCAGCAGGUGUUGACUAAAAGCAAGUGAAAGCAAUCGCUUUAGUUAAACUCAGACCGGCACUUUGCCGUACAGCGAAUCUACUUAAAGACUGAAGCUUAAAUUUUCAGAAACCUGUGCAAGAAAGUGUGGCUUUUAAGGGGCAGGAAGAUGUCAAGGAAAUGUGCCCUAUAAAAUUCCUGAGGGACAUAUUUCGGUUCAGAAGACCAUGCUGCCAGAAUGCUGCUUCUGAUUCUGAGAAUGAGGAGCCUGAAGAGAGAAGGACAAGGAGAAAAAAGAAAGAAGAAGCAAAAAGAGUCGUCGUUUCUAACUUGCCCUUUGAAGACACGUGGAAAGAAAACCCAAACAGACAUUAUGUGGGCAACAGGAUCAAGACCACAAGAUACACCCUUCUGUCCUUCAUCCCUAAAAACCUGUAUGAACAAUUUCAUCGAUUUGCUAAUUUAUAUUUUGUGGGCAUUGCAGUACUCAAUUUUGUGCCAGUGGUCAAUGCAUUUGAACCUGGGGUAUCUGUGAUCCCAGUCUGUGUUAUCAUGGCCAUCACAGCUAUCAAAGAUGCUUGGGAGGACUUUCGGAGAUUCAAACUGGACAGAGAGAUCAAUAGCAUGGGCUGUCUGGUAUACAAAAGGUAAAUAAGUCAUUGGAUUCAAUUUGGGGAAUGCCUCAGAAACAUGCAUUGAAAUAUUAGAUUAAAAGGUGUAUUUGUCUUUUUGUUUAAGUGACUAUUUGCGGGUCCUUAUUGUGGGUGGAUUCUGUAACAUAAUAAUAGUGUGUUGGUGAUGUGUUUAUUCUGCUUUAUUAGUUUGACAAUGCUUUCCGAAUAAUAUAGCAAAAGUGGGAUAAAAAAAAUGCCCAGAAUGUUUGUGGUAUGAAAAGUUAUGGAAUUUCAGCAGGAAGUUACAGGGUGUGUACACUAAUUGGAAAUGAAGCAGUAUGACCCAAUACUUUUGCUGGUACAAACAUUACAGUGGUACCUCAGGUUAAGUACUUAAUUCGUUCCAGAGGUCCAUACUUAACCUGAAACUGUUCUUAACCUGAAGCACCACUUUAGCUAAUGGGGCCUCCUGCUGCCGCGCCACUGGAGCAUGAUUUCUGUUCUCAUCCUGAAGCAAAGUUCUUAACCUGAAGCACUAUUUCUGGGUUAGCGGAGUCUGUAACCUGAAGCAUAUGUAACCUGAAGCAUAUGUAACCCAAGGUACCACUGUAUUGAAAUUGGGACCACUCCAAUAGCAUGAUCCGCAUAACUUACCAUGAAUGCACAAUAAAAACUAUAUCUGGAGGGGACUGAAAUGUCCCCCUGCACACUCAGACUUUUGCCAGAGAAUUGUUGGCUAAAAAUUGACCUGUGAUUCAGAAACACAAACAACAUUUCUAGUUUCAAAAUAACUUGGAAGGAAAGUGUUCUUCUUAAGUAUUUCUAGUGUUAGUAAAAGCAGUGCAUUCAGUGAAAGGGGGCAAAUUCAGAGACUGCCUGACAACAACAUGUUUCCUGGUUUCUGUCCAUGAUUGCUUUGCAAAAUUCUAGUAAUCUCAUCUCUUAUUUUAGGUAAAAGGGGAGAAUUGUUGUUUUCAUAAGGUGCUACAACCUUACAUCUCAACCUUUUGAAAAAUAAUAUUGUUAAUUGUGUAGGACGUAUUGGAAAAAUCUGAGUUGUUGAAAUUGUUGUCUACCACAUCAGAGCAGGGAUUUUUUGUAGUUCAUUUCCUGGUUUCUUGGUCUAUUCAUUACUUUUAUUGUACUAUUCCAAAGAUAACAUGAGUGGAAACAGUAGCCCAGAGCAGGCAUUAUAGCUAAGCCAUGCUUAGGCCAGGAAGGCCUUAUGCUCAAAUGUAUGCUUGUCUACCUCCCCUUAUGUGCUCCAGUUUUCUCCCUUACUUCCUGGUGCUUUAUAACCAUAGCAAGGGCAGUAUCCAACCAAUGCAUUCUGUCAUUGCAAUGAUUUCUGCAUUGUAACUUCCUUCCUUCUCCUUUCCUGCUCCAGGGAUUUAGGGUACACACAAUGGGAGGAGAGAGGGGAAAGUUCCAUUGUACGAGUAGAAAUCCUUGCAAUGACGGAAUGUGUUGCCUACCCUUAAAUUGGAUACAAUCCUUUUUCAAUACAUCCAAACAGGGCAAAUGAGAUUUAAUGCCCAAAAUAAUUUGCCUCCAUACAGAACUGGAAACCACACUGUUAAUUGGGUUUCCCAUUCUGGCUUGAAAGUAAACAAUGGUUUACACUCAGUAACCUAAUUUGCCAACUUCAGACCAAAUAACAAACCAUGCGUAUUGCAAAUCAAGAAGUAAGUGAGAGAAGACGUGUCUCUUUUAUGCCGGAGAUCUACAUUAUCCAUCACCACAUUAGAACUCCAUAAGAAAUAUGAAAACAGAACUGUCUUCCAAUUUCUGAAAGAAAUUCUGUUCUCUCGCAUCUUCAAGUUACUAAAAGAUUAAGGAAGAUUGCAUCUCAAAUUUGUCCCACCUACAAGGGUAGUACAACUAGAUUGGCUCAAAACAAGCAUGAAUGAUCUCAAGCUAUUUGCCCUGCAAGAAUUUUCUGCUGUGUAUCCAGUGUCUGAUUGUAGAAUUGGUCAGUCUGAUAUCUUGUGAAUGGUAGGAGGCAAUGCUCCCUAUCAAACAUGAGGGCAAAAAGAAAAAGAUAAAAUUAAACACUUUCCAUGUGCAUUAGAAAUUUCAGCAUAGUUUCUAUGGUAAGGUAUGAAACUUAAGAGGCUGUGUGAUUUGAUGGGCUGUGUGAUUCUUAAUGACUGAGGAGUGUCAUUCACCUCUGGAAAACUACACUGAAGCAUCUAUUGCACAUGUCUGGAUUGAUUGCCUUCCCAUUACCUCUUUUAAAAAAAAAUAAAAAUUCUAGGCCUACUUGCCUUACAAUAGAAGAGGACUAUAGUCUUCUAUAGGGCUGUGCACUAUAGAGAGCCAGUGUGGUGUAGUGGUUAAGAGCGGUAGUCUCGUAAUCUGGGGAACCGGGUUCGAGUCUCCACUCCUCCACAUGCAGCUGCUGGGUGACCUUGGGCCAGUCACACUUCUUUGAAGUCUCUCAGCCCCACUCACCUCACAGAGUGUUUGUUGUGGGGGAGGAAGGGAAAGGAGAAUGUUAGCCGCUUUGAGACUCCUUAAAGGGAGUGAAAGGGGGGAUAUCAAAUCCAAACUCUUCUUCUUCUUCUGUGCACUGGGUUCAGGCAAGGGCUAAUGCCUGGGCAGAAUCGAGGUGAUUCUAGGCAGUCUGGGUGUUGCUCAAGUUGGGUUGAGACACCCAGAGAAAUGCAAUGUUCCAUCUUGUCCCCCUUGCUACUUAACAUCUGUCUGAAGCUGCUGGGAGCUGCCAUCAUGAGAUUUGGAGUAAAGAGACAUCAGUAUGCAGGUGACCCCCAGCUCUCUCUCUCUCUGUUCCAUUGGAAUUGGGAAAUGUGGUUGAACUUUUAGACCGGUGCUCAGAGGCAGUGAAAAGAGAGAAGUGUUGUGCACCCCAAAUUGUCAUGUUCAGGAGGUGGGGAGAUGGCCUGUUCUGGAUGGGGUAGCAGUUCCCUGGAAGGAAGAAGAUGCAGCUUGAAUUCAACACUGUUACAGGAGACUCAGAUUGCUUUGGGGGCUAGAAGUUAUUUUCUCCCCCACCUCUGGCCGGUUCACCAUCUAUAGUCCCAUUUGAACAGAAAUGACUUAACCACUGGACUCCAUACUCUAGUAACUUCCACAAUGGGUUGUUGCAGUGUCCACUAUGUGGUGCUACCCUUCUUCACUAUACAGUUUUCAGUGAAUGGUGAAGACACACCUUUUUAUUCCGGAUGUUCACACCUAAGAUGUACAUUUAGGACCCACUCGAUUUUUGUGAUUGUAAACUGCUGUUAAACCAUUUUUUAAUAUUGUAUUUUAAAUUGUGGCAAUCCACCUUGGGAACUCAGAGUGAAGCACAGCUAAAUAACAAAAACACCAUUUUGGAGGCAGAAACUGAGUCCCUUUAAAGUUAACCCAGACACAUGGGAGCCAUUUCCCCAUUACUGUGGUUAGGGUAACAUUUGAAUAACUCAUCCUGGGUGGAAAAGGCCAAUAGUGUGCUUCUUCUACCCUAAAUGAAUUGAUAGCUCCCCUCUCCUAGCACUGCACACAAAUCUUAUGUUUGAGACUUUGUUUUUGGCCCCUGCUGUGCAUGUGGUUGGGCCAUGGAGAGCAAUUCCACUCAGCUAGGGUAGCAUUUAAGGGGCCUGAUAGCCAUACAAAGGAAAUGGGGGCUUAUUGUGUGGUAUAUCAGCCUCAGCAAUUUCAGUACAUAAGAGGCGAUUGGGCUUCUAUGUGACUAGUUAACACGCCUUCCUUCUAUAACCCCUCUUCCUUUCAUUCCCAAUUUCUUUAUUUGUAUUCUGCUCAAUAAUUUUCUACUGACUCCCCCGAUUUUUCAGACAUAGCAUUUCCCUCUUCUCUUCUAAACUCUUGUUCCUUUCAACCAUUUCUUGCAAGGGGAAAAUAAAGGUCUGGAUCUUUCCCUUUGCAGAAAUCACACCGCUUAUUUUAUAGCAUAAAUUGUUUUGCAUUUUAUUUGUUCUUCCUUAUAUCUAUAUUCCUUUUGUUUGUACAACAAGGAAGGCUAAGAAUCAUAUUCUGACCUUUGAUCACCGAAUGCCAAAGUGGCACUGGUGCUUGAAAAAGAAAGAAGGAACAGGGGAGGGCAACUUCCGUGUUUGAGCCUGACGGCACUUAGUGACCUUGCAGCUUCGGUAGGUCACUGUAGGAUGUUUUUCUGCAAGACAGCCUCUCCUUGAAGGCCCUAGAGUAUCAGAAGCCCACUCCACAGCAACUUGGGCCACGGCUUUCAGUGUGGCUGCCCCCGUUUUUGUGGGACAGCGUUCCUGUUGAGAUGCAACAGGUGCUCACUGUUUUUAAUUUCUGGAAAUAAUUAAAGGCAUCUUUGGCUCAACAGGCUUUUUCUAGCUGGAGGACAGGGAGGGAGGGAGUAGGUCUCUGCCUUGGUUGUUUAUAUGUGUAGGGUGGGAUUUAGCAUCACACUAUGACAAACACUUCGAAUGUACAAGCAUUUUAACUUGCCAUGUGAAAUGAUACCGCCUCUCUUCCUCCCACACACUGUUCCAGGGAUUCUCCCGCCCCACCCAAACCAAUUUCAGGGUGUGCAUGGGGGAAGGACAGGGAAGAAGGUCCCAUUGCACAAGCAGCUGUUUUUCUAAAGGGUUUCUGCUGAGGAGGCUCUCUGGUGAAUCAUAGAAUCAUAGAGUUGGAAGGGCCCCUGUGGAUUAUUUAGUCCCAACAAUGCUUUUUAAAUCUAUCUUGAUUUUUAUGUUGCCUUAAAACCUAUUUUAGUUGUUUUUAUUGCAUUGUUAUAAAUGCCUUGAGACUUCAGUGAAAGUUGAUUCAUAGAUUAAUAUUAAUAAGAGAACAGGAGUAUUUCAGAAAGGCCUCUUUUGUCUUUCAUCAACUAACACAGCUCUACAAAAUCCUCCCUCCCCCAGAAAAAAUAAUAAUAUUGAGACUUUGUCCUGAAGAAAGCUAUUUGCCUUCCCAGCUGAACAGUAUCCUGGGAUUAUCGUUUAAGCAAUAGUCAUUUUUAUGUGGUACAGUUUUCCUGGUUUUCUUGAAAAACAGCUACUUCAGGGCUAUGCCCCUGUACCACUUUUCAAACUAACUUAAUAUAAAUUGCAAAUUGAAUGGUAUCAAUAUAUACUGAGGCAGUUUUAUGAAUGCACACUGUGUAUCUUAUGGGGCAUAUUUGUAAUGCUGUGCGUUGUACCAAUUUGCAGCUGUAGCCUGAGGAUAAGUUGCUGCAAGUUGUCUGGACUUGCUUUUAAAAUCUCUCAGUGCUUUAGGUUUUCUCUCUCUCUCUCUCUCUCUCUCUCUCUCUGUGUGUGUGUGUGUGUGUAUCUGUGAUCAUAGAUAGAAAUGAGUGCUUUCUGUGCAGCACACUGACUUGGGUGAAGAAUUGAACUUUCAUUGGGUUAUGUUUUUUGUUUCCAGCAGUGAGGUGGGUUAGGCUGACAUGAUGUGUUAACCUGAAGCCAAUAUGUGCAGUCAAUGGAAGCAGUGUGUGACUAUGUGCAUGAGAGAAACAGAAAUGAAUGUGUACUUGAAGCUCAUUUGGUGGUCUAGAGCAAGUCAAUAGAACGCUUCUAGGCUGUGUUAAACUACUGUAUAGGAAACUACACAAAUGUGGUUAAUUUCUGACUACAAACAAGGAUAUUAAGCAAGGUUCUGAUCCAUGUUUUUUAUCCUGGGGUAGCAUGAGUUAGAUUCUGGCUCAGGAUUCCCCAAGGACAUACUCUACGGGGAGCUGGCUUCCAGCACCAGGCCAGUUGGCAAACCAACUCUGUGUUACAAAGAUGUCUGCAAACAUGACAUGAAAGUUGGCAACAUCAUGUGGGAAUCCCUUGCAGACAACCACAGUGCCUGGAGUCAGGCAGUCAAGUCAUGUAUCCAUAGCAGUGUCCAGAGGAGGAAUGACUGCUGGGAGGAGUGAAGAGAGAAGAAAUGCCAUGGUGCAUCUGCAGCAACACACCCGGAUGCCUUCAUCUGCCCCAGAUGCAACAAAACAUGUCUCGCCUGCAUCGGUCUCUACAGCCACAGCAGGCACUGCAACCUUCCAACAGCUUGUCAUCACCCACAAAGGUGCAUUCCUCCAUUGACUCCCAAGACGGAUGCCAGCACCCAUUCACAGAAAGUCAAUUUACCCAGCUCCGUAUUUGCAUGCCUUUUAAUCCCUUGGGAGGGCAUGAAGCUCCCUCACAGCACCACCGAAUGGUGGCUUCUGCAUCACAGAAUGAAACAGCUGUGAGUCACCAAAGCCUCCACUCCUAAACCAUUCCCAACAGAUGCCCAUCCAUUCUGGAAACAUCUCAUGAAGUUUCACCCUGUCAGCCUAGCUCUAUUCAGACAUUAUGUUGGAGGCACAAGGCUAUGCACCCCAGCCCAUCUGUUCCUGACUUCGCUGCAUUAAAUGGCAAGAUCUGAAGGGGCCUUGAAAGCACAUUCACUUGAAACUGCUGACUAGCCUUGGUGAGCUCUGGAAAGCUCUGUGAUCAGGGUUCUUGAACGCACGGAGGAACCCUGUAAGCCAGUUCGUUGGUGGAGGGGCAGAGACAGAACACACAGGCCCUUGCAUCUGGCAUGCUCUUGGACAAAUGAACGGCUCGUCUGUUUCAUUGCAGAGCUGCUCCGACAGGAUUUAUUCUAAUGUUUAACCUCAAGCAUUGGCUUGUCAGCAGGAAGCAUCUCCAGCAUGGUGAGCUAUUUUGGCUCACGCUCCAAGCUUGUAGCUAGUUUUCACAGCACUGCCACUCCAAGUGUGAGGCGAGUCGUCACAGGGCACUAGGAGUUGCUUUGGAGAAGAGUGUCUCGCUCUCCUGAUCUCUUGAUCAUCUUCACUGGUCUGAGCGACUUGCACAGCACGGCUUCCAUUGAGCAAUGGCUAACCAGAGCUGAGUCCUAAAGGGAGCAGGUACUUCACAUAAUGAUAAUAACAGACAUGCUGUGACAUUCAAAUCACUCCAGGCGAUGAAUUAAUUUAGCUGUUUUCAUUUAUCAGCAAGAGAGCCUCGUACUUUUUCUUUCCCUGGCAGAAAAGCAGGUGGAAAUAAUGUGCUGUUCCCCAGACAGAGGCAGCAGGUGCCUCUUUCAUCAAGAACUGUGACACACCCUCUGCUUCUAUUGCUAUGCCUAAAGUGGGUCAGAGAAAAUCCUCCCUCCCCACAACCAACUCCCGACAGACAAUGUUUAAACCUGCUUCUGUAUAAGAUAUUCCCCUCCCUAUUUUCAUGAUUAAAAUACUUUUGAAAACCUCGUUUUGAACGUCUGACAUUGCUCUCAGCACAGCAGGAAAGAACCGUAUUGGCACAACAGCACAGUGUAGGAGUUGUGCAUUGGUGCUGGCAGACGGGUGCAGCCAGUGUAUAAAGUCCAGAUCUCAAGGCAGCCUACUUGGCCCUGCAGCUUCCACCCAUUGUGUUUCUUACCCACCUGGAAUAAGGUGACAGUGAGUUCGGGAGACCACAUUCACAUGCCCACAAGGUCUACUGUAAUGGGCUGAAGAUUCCAAGGGAUCCAACCUUUUUUUGAGAGAGAGAGGUGAAAACAUGGCUCCGAGUUGUGAACUAAUUGGGUUCUGGAGCAAAAUUGGAGUUCCCUUUAUUCUUAAACCCAGGUUUAUUUAUUUAUUAUUUGUGAUGUGGUGUAGUGGUUAAGCGCGGUAGACUCGUAAUCUGGUGAACUGGGUUCGCGUCUCUGCUCCUCCACAUGCAGCUGCUGGGUGACCUUGGGCUGGUCACACUUCUUUGAAGUCUCUCAGCCCCACUCACCUCACAGAGUGUUUGUUGUGGGGGAGGAAGGGAAAGCAGAAUGUUAGCCGCUUUGAGACUCCUUAAAGUAGUGGUAAAGCAGGAUAUCAAAUCCAAACUCUUUUUCUUCUUCUUUAUUUAUUUAUACAUACCCCGCCCAUCUGGCUGGGUUUCCCCAGCCACUCUGGGUGGCUCCCAACAGAAUAUUAAAAACACAGCAAAACAUCAAACAUUAAAAACUUCCCUAAACAGGGCUGCCUUCAGAUGUCUUCUAAAAGUCAUAUAGUUGUUUAUUUCCUUGACAUCUGGUGGAAGGGCAUUCCACAGGGUGGCCACCACUACCAAGAAGACCCUCUGCCUGGAUCCCUGUAACCUCACUUCUUGCAGUGAGGGAACCACCAGAAGGCCCUCGGAGCUGGACCUCCAGGAUGAAGAACUAGUUCUUACAUUAUACUGCCACAAAUCAUAUGGGCUCUGCCCACACCACAAUUAGCAGAUGGAGGUAGACCUUCUGCAACACUUAGCAAUAUUCCAGUGCCUUCCUGUAAGUACAGUGGAACUCCUCAUCAUUUAGCUGGUAGUUUUUGGAUCUGUAUAGAACCAUCUGAAGCACCUGCAUGGACCUAUGCUGGCACUCAGAAAUGAUCUAUGAAGUGUGUGCAAAGAGUGCUUUCCUCACUCUCCUGCUAAAAGACUCCCCAAAGGACCUGGGAUCCAGUUCACUACCUUCCAGGCACUUCUGCAAGUUAAUGCCAUCACCUUCUGCCAGUACCUGCGGCCCUCCAGAUGUUUUGGCCUACAACUCCCAUGAUCCCUAACUAACAGGACCAGUGGUCAGGGAUGAUGGGAAUUGUAGUCCAAAACAUCUGGAGGGCCGAAGAUUGGGGAUGCUUGAUCUAGUGUAACAGUGUUUUUAGAGAGCAAAUUCUAAACACAAAUAUGUAUGUCUAUUAUGACUGAGAAUGGUCUCUAGGAUAAGAUCUGAAAAAUCCCUGCUGUGCAAAAUUACUCACAGCCAGUGGAGACUAGAAGUGGAAGACAAGAUCUGGCCAGCAGACCAGAUGUGAAACUCCCCUGUGCUCUGCAGACCACUUUUGCAGUUGGGCACAUCCACCCACUUGUCAGUUCCCUGAUAUCACCAUGAUCUCAGGUGCUGGAGAUUCCUCACUUGUGUGAAUUCAAGCUACAUCUGUGAAGGAAGACACUGUACAGCUCAAGCUGUAGUUGUCAAAGAGCAGGGAGCACACUUAACAGUUCUUCCUUUUAGUCACAGAUUGACAUUUCAAGCCAUGGUUCGGACUUUCCCACACCAGGUGAAGGUGUGUGGGUUGCUUCUUUGGUGGGGGGAAGAGCAGGAUAGAAAUGUAAUCAUAAAUACAGUGGUACCUCGGGUUAAGUACUUAAUUCAUUCCAGAGGUCCGUACUUAACCUGAAAUUGUUCUUAACCUGAAGCACCACUUUAGCUAAUGGGGCCUCCUGCUGCCGCUGCACCGCCAGAGCACGAUUUCUGUUCUCAUCCUGAAGCAAAGUUCUUAACCUGAGGUACUAUAUCUGGGUUAGCGGAGUCUGUAACCUGAAGCGAAUGUAACCUGAAGCGUAUGUAACCUGAGGUACCACUGUAAAAUGACAGUAAAUAGAUUGGGUCUGGCAAGUCUAAUUAGGAGAUUCCCCACCCCUGGUGUAGAGAGAACAUUGAGUUAGAUGGACUAAUCAUCUGACUCGAUACAAGGCAGUUCUAUAUUCCUGUGUUCUUCUGCCUCUAUGGGAGGAAUUUAACACUACAUGAGCAAACUCUCAUUCAACAGGAUGUCGCCUUCCUCUUCUCGUUGCUGCAGCCCCCAUGCACCCCAAAAAUCUGCCCUUGAACCAGAUUUUGAGGGCACAUGGGGAGGCUGCAGGGGGAAAGAAGGGAAGGUAGAGUCCCGUUCAGUCAGUUCCUUUGCACCCAGGCAACUUGCUUGGAAUGCAACACUUUGUUGUCAUUACUGUAUCCAAGACUUUCAAGUAUGCCAAGCAAAGUGGAAACAUUUUUCUUCCCGAAGUGCAAUACUUCACAUUUGUCUUCAUUGUAUCGAUUGCAAGCUAACUCUCCUAUUUAUCAAGAUCAUUUGAGUCUCUAAUCCUAUCUUUUAAAGCAUUUACGAUCCUUCAUCACAGUUCUGUUUUCCAAACAAAUACGCAUUUUGUUCUCUGUCCAUGUUCUCGAUGGAAAUAUUGAUUCAGUGCAAUCUAUUCCCUUUUCAGCGGACGUCAGAGUCAUAACCACUAUGUCUGUGAUCACCAACUUUAAUUUAUUUCCUGUUACAAAUUCCCAGCUUAGGGACAUAGAUUGUGAACAAGUUCUGAACACAAAAUGGAAGAUUAAAGAAAGAGACCAGGCUGUGGAGAAAGAUACCUGCCACAGUACCUCUAAAAUACCUCAGAAUUGUUUGAAAUGCAGCUUUUAGGCAGUACUAAGUACCUGUUCCAAUCACCCCAUAGCUGUUUGGGUAACCAAGUGGGAGAGGCUCUGCAGAAGCCUUUUUCACAUGAAUCAAUUCCUAGCAGGUAGCAGAUAACCUAUCCACUCUUAAGGAAAGCAGCCCUGAGUGCUCACUGGAAGGACAGAGCCUGAAGCUGAGGCUCCAACACUUUGGCCACCUCAUGAGAAGAGAAGACUCCCUGGAAAAGACCCUGAAGUUGGGAAAGAUUGAAGGCACAAGGAGAAGGGGACGACAGAGGACAAGAUGGUUGGACAGUGUUCUCAAAGCUACCAGCAUGAGUUUGACCAAACUGUGGGAGGCAGUGGAAGACAGGAGUGCCUGGCGUGCUCUGGUCCAUGGGGUCAUGAAGAGUCAGACACGACUAAACGAUUAAACAACAACAAUUGUAAAUCUAUGAAGACUUCUACAGUGCAUCAUUGUUGGGGGUGCCUUUGAAGGCUACUCAGAAGCUUCACUUGCUUGAAAACACAACAGCCAAAUAAUUGACUAGGAUUAAACAUAUGGAAUCUACCGGUAUCUUGUUGGUAUUAAACAUCUUCCCUGGUUUCUUAUAUGCUUCCAAGUACAAUUGAAAGUGCUGACAUUGACCUGUAAAGUUAUAUAAAGCUGAAUAUCAGAAUAUCCCAAAGGCUGGUGUUCCCAUACAAAUCUGCCCAUUCAUUAAAAUAAUCACUGAUGGCCCUUCAGGGAUUAGUCAAGUAGUGACAGGAAAGAGGGAUUUUUCUGUUGCACUUAUGGAACAAUUAUGGAACACCCUCUUCAAAGGUGCUCAUCUAUCACCUGCUAUCAUGAAUUUUGGCCAAAUAAUUCAAGAGUUUUAAAAACAAAUAUACAUUAUUGUACUUAUUAUAUGCCUGUGAUCAAUAAGUAAAACAUUUGGCUUCAACUAGGGAUGGGUGAAUAUGCCAAUUUCAGGUUCCCUCAGUUUGUCAUUUUCCUAAUGUUAAAUUCAGUUCUCCUCAUUUCUGCAGCAAUUUUUAAAAAAAAUAUUCAUGAAAAUUCAUCAUCCUUCACCAUAAAGUUCCAGGACAAAAAGGACAUAAAGUUACAGCAAUUUAAAAACACAAUAUUAAAAGGUGUUCAUAAAAUCACAGUCACAAGGAAGUACACACAUUUUUUUGUAUGUAAUUUUAACUAACAUGCACAUUUUUGCACUCAAUUUCCCCUAACAAAGUGAAUUGUUGUAUGUUAGUUUCACUAGUAUAUGUAUAGAUAUGCACACUUUCCCCUAGUAGGUGCGUUUUGGUACACACUGAAGGCCUGCAUCAUAAAAUUCAGAGAUAUGCAAAUUUCAAGGGAUAUUUAUACUUCAGUUCACAUAUUGCUCUGAGAAAUGUCAGUUACAAAAUUUCUCAUAAAAAUGCAAAUAAAAAUAAAAAUGAAUUUGUUCCUCAUUCUGUUUGAACCACUUCACCAGCCACUGCUGUACCACAAAGAAAAGAGACGCUCUGUGACUUGAUGGACCUGUCACAGGCCAUUCAGCUGUGGUGUCUUCUCUCAUAACAGGAAGAAAAAAGCCUACAUUGAGACGUGCUGGGAAGAGGUACGAGUGGGAGACUUUGUGCAGCUGCAAUGUAAUGAGACUGUCCCUGCGGACAUCCUGCUGCUCCACACCUCUGAUCAGAAGGGGAUCUGUCACUUAGAGACAUCAAAUCUUGAUGGCGAGACGAACCUUAAGCAAAGACAAGUUGUGAAAGGAUUCUUUAAUCAGGUAUGCCUGGAAGCGACUUUUGCAACUUGUCUUCCUUCUGUUCUUUUAGUGGCACCUCGGUAUGCAAAUAAAUUUAAGACAGAAGCACAGAACUGUCCAGCUGGAGGGAAUCUUUAGCAGGAUAACUUCUGGCAAACCCAUCUGGCAAAAUGUGCUUUGAUUAGCUUACACAAGACCAUUUCCACAACUGCCACCAUGUUAGCUUCAGGUGCUAGAUCAAAUGUGACUCGGAGCUUUUGUGUGGCAAAGUGGUCUGAAGACAUGUCGUGUGAACCAGCCUCAAGCCUUUGGUACUGAAUUACUGUGUUUGGAAGGCAGGGCAGAGAGAUGGUUACUGUUUAUAAAAUAAUGGCUGCUACACUUUGAAUUCUAACACUAUAGUAAUCCCAUAUAUAAUAUACGCAGGUAGGUGCCUCUCCAAAGCUAUAUAACUACAGCAGUGAGAGUGCCUUAAUCCAGGCUGGCACAGCCAGUGGAAUGCCAGCCAUUUUGUGUGGCACUUAACAAAUCCCUCAUUGAUUCAGGCAGGAAGCAUGGCAGAGCAGUGAAACAAAGGUGGGCCAAGCAGAUAUAAAAUCAGCAGGUUUACAUCGUAAUGCAAAAAGAAAUGGUCUUCUAUUUCAGGAGAUCGGAAUCACAUAGUAACUCAAAGAGAUAAAGGAAAGAGGCUUUCAAAAUCUGAGAGGGAGACAUUUGAUUGUUCUGAAAAUGAAAUUUGGACAUGCUGGGGAAUAGAAACUCAAGCUGGUAAAGUUAAGGUGUCCAAACCUUAGAAAUCUGGCCCAAUUCAAUGUGCUAGUACUAGCAUAUAAAGUGCUAAAUAAUUUGGACCUGAGUACUUUUCCCAAUAUCAGCCAUCUCAGACCUUAUGUUUGGCAGGUGAGGCCUUGUUGGUGGUGUUCAUGCAUUCAGAAUCACAUUAUUUUCUUUGCUACUCAUUCUUUAAGGAAGAUAGUUGUGUGUGCAGCCACAAAUACAUUUGAUACUACAUUUUACAACACUGUAUAAUUGAUGUCUAAGCAAUGUUUUUAUAUAGAAAUACGCACACAUAAAUACAUAGGCCUGAAAACACACAUACAUUAUAACUGGGUUCAAAAUUAGAACAUAUUUCAACCUGACAGGUUAAUAACAAAUAUUGGGCUCACUGUAAAUUACAGUGAUGAGUGGCAGUUGUUUCUGAUGUAAAUUUAAAUGCUUGAUGUUCCUUUUUCACUACACAGCUUGAUAUUCUUUCAGAAAUAGUGCACUGAUUUGCUCCUGACAUAACAGGAACUCACUGUGGGUUUGGUUUUGUUGCAGAAUGCUGAAUUUGAACCAGAACUUUUCCAAAGCACAAUUGUUUGCGAAAAACCCAACAACCAUCUCAAUCGAUUUAAAGGCUAUGUGUAAGUUACUGCAGUGUUUAUCCCUACAUUCAUAGAUGUCUCAGACAAACUUCAUUUGUACCUACCUACCUACCUAUAACCUGCACAGCUGGCACUGUUGCACAACAGAAAGCAGAAGGAACCUCCCAAAAUCUUCAUACACUGAGCAUAAAGAGGUGCUCUGCAGAACCACUCUUUGGUGACUCUGAUGUGGACCUUGGGCAGAGUAUCUGUAAUGUAGAUACUCUGCCCUUGGGCUCUGGUUUGAAGCCACAGCAUGGCUAACUUGAGGUCAGAUGUUUGGGGAUUCUGUUAACCUUGACCAGCAUACCAAUGGUCCAGGGAUGAUGGGAGCUGAUGGGCCACAGGUUAGUCACCCCUGGUUUAGAAAUGUGAUAUAUAUGUGUGAGAGACUGAAGUCCAAUACAUUGUUACCUAGAAAUAAGUCUUGUUGAACUCACCAGGGCUUAUUUUUCAGUAGAUAUGUGUGGGAUUGCACUGUAAGAGCCAAGAUAUAAAUGGAAAAUCCUUUUUUUCCUUGUAGGGAGCAGCCUGACCUCACACGAAUUGGUUUUAACAAUGAAAGUCUCCUUCUUCGUGGAUGCACAGUGAGGAACACAGAGGUUACAAUAGGAAUUGUUGUCUAUGCAGGUAAUGUUUUUCCCGAUGUAGUUGCUGAGAGAGUGCUUUUAAGUCUAUUCAGCCCAGAAAUAUGAUUUGUUCCUUUGUCCCAACAAUCAUCCAUGCAACCUGAAAUUUGUUUUGCACUCACAGAGUCUCAUCUAAUCAAGGUAGCAAUGCUAGAUAAACCAGCUUAGGAGUAAGUCUGACUGCAUUUCAUGGAACUUACUUCUGAGUAGACAUGUAGGAAUGCGCUAUAAGUAUGCACCACAACAACAACAACAACUGCAUAUAUAAACUGUUAUAAACUUAAUAUUUGAAGGAUUUACCUUUUUUAAUCAGUGAGAUUAAUUAUUUGAUUUGAAAUGCUGUGCAAUAGAGUUGUCGAUUUGGCAUUCCGAGUCCUCCCUUAGACCUAUGUCUAUAUAGCAUAUUAGUGUUUACACUCAUUUGUUUGCCGUUGGGGGUUACCACUGUAAAUGGUAGGGAGGUCAAGAGUGGCUUUGGCUAAACUUGUUGCUUUAUGAAACAAGUUUAUGGGAAUAAAAUGUGCAUCAGUGAUACUGUUUGGCUGCCAUACCCGUGAGUAUGUUUAGAUACAGAUUUGUACUAUUUGUGCUCUAAUUGUGUUUUGUAUUUUCUUCUUACACAAAGACACCCUGGGAACUUUUAUAAAAGAGAGGGGAAUUAAAUAAAAAAGUUAUAUUUGAGCAAUACCUAACCAGGAACAGCCACAAACAGUCUGAAGGAAGACAAACAUGGCUUGUCCCACUUGGUAAUCCAGAAUGGGUACCCUAAGAAGAGAACUGAAUGCACUGUGAAGAAGACGCUUUUAUAAUAGAGAUGAAGAACCUGGUUCCCUCCAGAUGUUGAUGGACAACAACUGGACAUUGACUGUACUGGCUGCAGCUGUUGAGUGAGAGUUGGAGUCAAACAACAUCUGGAAGGCUACAGGUUGCCUUUCCCUUUUUUAGGGUUUCCAGGGCUCCAAGACUUUUCAAUCUACUGCUCUGUCCUGUGCCCUCUUGUCUGGAAGUAUUGCUGAAAACAAUGCAACUUGCUCUGAGUAAACAUUUUCAUGACUGGGAAUGUCAGCAUGUUACCCAACUGCAUGCCCUUGGACAUCCAUGAAUAAAGAAAGUUGCAGCUGUGGUUGUGAUCCUGAUCAAGACUGUCAUUCCAAAAAGAGAGCAUUUUGAACUAACUUCCUUCCCCUGCUAUGCCUGUUUCAAUGACAGCUCCUGACUUUAGGACUGUGCCUUUAGGAAUACUGGGGAGGACCUAAAGGCACAUUUUAGGAAUAUUCAUUCCUAAUAAAUCCCUCUGCAAAACUGUCUAUUUGCAUUGGAGACCUUUGAUGCUGGGACUGUCACUUGGUAUCUUGUUCACACACAGCUCCACAGCGGCCAUGCUCAGAGCAAGGGAAAGCAGGGAACUUGGAAAUCACCAUGAGGGGUACAGAAUAAAGUCUAGUUUCCCUUUCAUGUUUUGUGGUUAGAACUUCAAAUACCCGUCCACUGAAAUGGGAGCAAUUUGAUUCUAAUUUAGUACACAUUUUCUUUUUGGGCCUGCUGUUUUGUUGGUACUUCAGAUUCACUUCAAGAAGAGCUAAGUAACAUUAAAAUUACUCACUGCUGGAUCUGACAUAUUGGGCUUUCUUUAUGUUCACACAGAAAGUGCACUAGCAGCUUCUCAUUAAGUCAAUUUGGUUGCUGUGAAAUAGUCAAACAUACUUAAAAAUCAGUCGGCCAUCUAAUUAGAUUCUAACACUUUUAAGUACUUUGUCUCUUCUAACCUCAAGUAGCUGUUCAUUGUGAAUACAGUGUAUGUUUCUACAGUGUUCAGACACUGACACAAAAUCCCUUUCUUUGCUGACUACAGUCAUACUUCGGGUUACGGACGCUUCAGGUUGCGUUUUUUCAGGUUAUGGACCGCCAAAACCCGGAAGUACCAGAAUGGGUUACUUCCAGGUUUCAGUGGUCGCGCAUGCUCAAAAGCGCUAAAUCGUGCUUUGCACAUGUGCAGAAGUACCGAAUCGCGACCCGCACGUGCGCAGAUGUGCUGCUGCGGGUUGCGGACGCUGCGGGUUGUGAACGUGCAUCCCGCACGGAUCACGUUUGCGACCCGAGCGUCCACUGUAUAAGGAAGUGACUCAAAAGGAAAUAUACUACACUAAUAAUGGUAAUAGUUAUAGCAGGUUAUAGUAAUGGUAAUGGUUGCACAAGCUUACCACUCCCCCAAACAGUAUAUUCAAGUAAUACUUCCAGGAGGUGGAUUGGUUGUCAAAUGUAUUUCACUGAGUAACAUGUUCAAGGGAGCUCUAUAUGAACACCCACAUAAUAUUGUAGUAUUAGGAAACUGUGCUGACUUUAAAGUAAGGUAUCUCUAGACUUUAGUGUAGAACUGGGUGGAACAUAACAGUUGUCUUGCUGGAUCAGAUGCCACAGCAACCAGAUGGGCCUCAGGAGCUCACAAGCAGAGCAUGAUGGAGACCAGCAUCAUCUGUGGCAUGUUCCCUGCACCUGUUAAACAGAGAUUUACUGCUUCAAAGCACAGAGUUUCCUUUUAACUGUUAUGGCUAAUAGCAAUUGAUAGACUGAUCCUAUAUGUGUCUAAUCCCAUAGAGCUAGGUAAGGUGGUGAGCAUCAUAACAUAUUCUGGCAAUGAAUCGCAUAAGUUAAUGAUAUAAUGUGUGAGGAGGGACUUCGUUUUAAUGCACAGAACCUCUGGGAAGGGCAGUGGGGAGAAAGAGAAUUCAUUUCUGUUAUAAAGGGUUGCUGGGAUAAAGCUCUGCUUUCCCCUGGUGGAUUCUUCCUCAGCAAGGCAUCUACCCUAGAAACAAUAUUAGCCUUAGGUUGUGUACAAACAUAUACAUGCCCGUCCCAGUUUUUUUUUCCUUCAGCUGUUCUACAGCAGCUUCUCCACAUAGGUGGACAUCUUACCCUUUUUUAUUCUUAGAGAGCUGAAUGUACAUUUAUUCAAUCAACAGCCCAGCCCUAUGCAUGUUUACUUGAAGAUUAGUCCUGCUGUUUUCUAUGGGACUGCUUCCCUGGUAAGUGGGUUUAGGACUACUGCCUAAAUAAUACACUCUCCCAUUUUACAUGCAUACAUACAAGCUGAAUCCAUUUUUAAAACAUUGAAAAGGGGCUUCAGGGAGGAGUGUGAGUUUCCUGACACUGGUUUCCUCUGGCUUCUCUUGUAAAUGGCAGAACUGGUCAACAGUGUGUGCUUCAAUGGUAGGAAUGCCACUCAAACUAUGUACAACCCAAAUACACUUAGUGAUGUUUUAUACCAAUUUACCUAGGGCAGGCACUAGACUAAGAUUCUUGUAAAUUCACCAAACCCCUUUAAUCCUUUUUUAAAGAUUUGUAUUUUGUUGGUUACUUUCAAAGUACUAAUUUGUUCUAAUAAGGAGGACAGUUUUAGUGGUAAGUGAAUAUAUUGUUCCACGCCUCCCCAGCUGAGUAGCUGCACAAGAUUCCAGGGGUUGCAGGCAUGCUGCUCAGGGUUAAUGUUUCCUUUGGGAAUGAGGCACAAUAGAGGCUACAGUGUCAUUUUGUUAUAUGGUUUAUUUACACAUAUAUGCAACCUGAGCCUGUGUGCCAGCUUAUGCCAUAGCAGCAACAAUGAGCCCAGCGCCAUCCUUUCUCUGGUGCCUAUUUUGCACUGCAGGGCACAACCCAGCUGACGCUUCCUAUCUCUGCUUCCUGAUUACACCAUUCCCAACUCUAACCCCAUAGCCUCUCAGUUUCCCUUUUCUAUCUGGGAGGAGAGGGAAGUCUCACAUUUGCAUUCUCACACCUAUUUCCUUUGAUCCUGUGUUGUGCCAACACCUAAUCCUUUGAUGCCUGAACUUCCUAAGUGUAUAUGCCCACCAGGCAGUCCCCUCACAAAGAGGUGACUUUAUUACCUGUCUGACAAUUUAUUAUUGUCUGACUUUAUUAACCAUUGUUCCUUUGGCUAAGAUUACAAUGUCCAAUACACAACACAGGAAGUGUGCCUAGGUUCAUUAACUCUUCACAUGUGCUCAUUCCAGGGGAUUAACAGUGUAAAUACACAUGAGCCUGGUUAUUACCAGUCCUAACAUACCAGUUUUAAUUAAAUCAUUAAACCCAAGCAUUUAGCACCCACAGAUCUAUAGCAAUAUUGUUACAGCACCUAGACAAGGUUUCCUUUUAUUAGGUAGAUUGCUGCUUUAUUGCCCAGAAUAGCAAGCUAAUGGGAGCCAAUGGCAGUUAGCAUCCCCUCACUUGCUGUGCCUGGAUGCAAUAUGCACCAGAAAUUUGGGGAGGUAUCACAGAGACCCUAGCUACAGGGAGGGGAUGCCAUAACCAAGUAUGAAUGUAAAGAAUGUUAUAAGAAAAAAAACUGCUCCUUUAUCCCUUAUGGGUAUCCAAGAGCCCGUACAGAGUCCUUAUGCAGGUUUCUAUCAGUAGGAGAAAAUAACAGAGGCCAACCAGAGAGUAUUGAGAAGCAAAGCAGCUAUAUUUAUUAAACUGUUGCAACAGGGUCCCCCACUCCCCCCACGCAGGGAGGAAGGAGAGGAACCCAGAACACUGGUGUGCAAGCUCUUAUAUAGACUUUUGAAACUGCCUACCCUAUAGCUCAAGACCACCCCCCAAAACAUCAUCCGUACAUCACAGAAAGAGGUGGUCCCCAGCAGAAAUUUGAGUGUGUUGCUUCUCUCCUGUCUGCCAGGAUACCUGAUAAUGCCUUAUGUGAUUGCCUUUUCUGGGUAGCCUGGCCAUUCCUUCGAGAUGGUAAAUACUUAGUUCCUGAAUCUCUUACGCAUAUUGAUAGUGUGCUCAGCUUAACAGAUACUUGCCAGACUGUAUUUACAGGGAGGCGUAAGACCCUACAGUCCAAAGACAAUUGGAAAGCUUUUCCCAUUUCCUUCCUCCUUGCAGAGAAAUAUUUGAGGUCAAUUUGGGAGAGUCAAUAUGGCUUCAGGAUUGUUCUCCUGUACUAUUUCAGACAUGUGGUUUAUAUAUUUAUGUAUGUGUUUGCAAAGGUACAUACAUCGUCUUUAUUUUCAGAUCAUAAAGUCCUUUUUACAGAUCAUUUAUAUUUGAUGUGAGACUUAAUGUUGUAUACAUGAAUUUAUCUAAAUCUAGCAUUCAACCAUUCUUAAGAUAAUAAAGACAUAUGACAGUUCCUUCCUCUUCUUCUUUUUCUUGAAGGCCCUGAAACAAAAGCCAUGUUAAACAACAGAGGUCCUCGUUAUAAACGCAGCAAAAUAGAACAACGUCUGAAUAUUGAUAUAUUCUUUUCCGUGGGGCUGCUCUUCAUCAUGUGUCUCACUGGAGCACUAGGUAUGGAGUAAUGAUGGAAACUUUUUUCCUGCAUUUCACGAAGCCUUUGCAAUAGGGAUGUGCUUCACUGCUAAAAUUAAUAGCUUAUUUUUGGUGGGCUUCCUAGAUUGCUGCUGAGAGAACCAAUUGCUUUCAAUAUGUAGCAGGGAAAAGGAUUGCUUUGUAGCAAUUUUACAAUAAUCCUGUCCUACUGCGACCACGAUUUGCUGGGGUGUCAAACUCUGAUGGAAACAAGACUAUUGAGCCUUCCACAAAUAAAAAUUUGGCAGGGCAUGUAAAGGUUCUUGUAAUUGUAUCCUGGUUUCUAAGUGGCAAUACACAAGUGAGUUGCAAAACACUGCACUAUGCGUUGCAAGGUUUCAUAGUGAGUUUCUUUUUCCCAGCAUAGAGUGCCCUGGAGAAAUCUGGCAUGACAUGGCAAUAAGCCAGUCAAUUAACCAGACUAGUACUGAAGGACCCAGAAGUGAAGAAUCCUCUUCAGCUGAACAACAGCACAGAUUUAAUUAUUAUAUUUUACUGUUGGUACUUCAGCUCAAAAUGAGUUUCUUGACUUAACUGACAUUGCAACUUGAUCGGUUUUCCGGGUGGAUGGUGGAUGUUCAUCAGAAAAAGGAAAGGGGUUCAGGCCAGGUGGGAUGAAAACGCAGGUGACUUACAGCACAGUCCUUUACAAGCCUAUUCAGAAACAGGGACAGCUCGAGAUAUGCUGGAGCCCUAAGCUACGUUAAAUUUAAGAGGCCCCAUAGCAUUACCAAAAGAUAUGUAUUAUUCUAACAGAAAGGGAAAUAAAAAUAGAAUUUUUUUUAUAUAUAUUUGCAAAUAUCCUGGUACCUAGUCAAGGAUGCAACUAAAAAUUGACACUCUAGCAAAAACACUGAUCUUGCAAUAGGCUUGGUUUUUUAACCAAUUGUAUGAAACAUGAAAUAAAGUGACUCUUUCUAUUUAGAGGCCCUUCAUAAGAUGAAGGCCCUAAACUGUAACUUUGUUAGCUUGCAUAUAAAUAAAUUCAGGCAUGCUCAGAAGUACAACGCAUUGCAUUCAAUGAGGCUCACUCCCAGUUAAAUGGGCAUUGGAUUGUACCCUUGCUUGUCAAAGAUAUUAACAUGAAUUAGCAUUGCUCUCUGAAGCUUCAUCCCACUAGAAGUUCACCAGAUCUUCUUGCUCAGCUUUGCUCAGCUUUUCAGAUGUACCUUUCGGUUACCAGAGAACAAGAGCAGGUUUGCCUUCUUUUUUCACUUUUUAAAAAUCAAAAUGUUGAUAAUGUUUAAUUUUGGGGGUUUUAAUAUUGCAUUUUAAUACAAAGAUAUUUACUAUAUUUUGACCUGUUAUGAGGACUUUAGUCAAAAAGCAAGCUGUAGGUCUAUUAAAAAUAAACAUAUGAAUCACCUAUUAAUUUCAGACAAAAUCCAGUUUCCCAACAUUUAUUUUCUGAAUAUUUUAAAAUGAGAAAGAAUACCUUGUUCGAUGCUGGAAUUGAAAGGGACCUUAAAGGCUGACUAGUCCAGUCCCCUGCUCCAUGCAGGAAAUACACUGCUACAUCAUCCCUGAUAGUUUGUCUGACAGCACUCAUAAUAAUAAUAAUAAUAAUAAUAAUAAUAAUAAUUUAUUAUUUAUACCCCACCCAUCUGGCUGAGUUUCCCCAGUAAAAAUGUCAAAGUUCCCUAGAGUGUAAAUCCUUGUUUGAGCCAUGAAAUAAAGAUAGCGUGAAUGAUUCUAGGAAGUGAACAAUAGUUUCUAUAAUUAUUGCAGAAAGUUACUUAGGGCAGAACAUUCCCACCAUAAGUGGAAGUAAGUGCCUUUUGUAGCACAAGUUCUCCAACAGUUGGGACUGUAGGUUGAUAGGUUGUGUGGCUGUUCUAUACCAUCUAUGUAUUGUCUUAAGAGAAGUCUCACUAACUGGUACAGAGACAGAUUUAAAUUAUUUCUGAGACCAUAACCCAGACCACACAGAAUCCACUAUGAUUAUCCAUAAGUCUUCCUCCCAGUUACUUUUCAAACCUGACAAAGACCCCAACUGUGUAUUUAGAAGAAUUGCAAAUAACCCAAGAUGGUAUCUAGAGGAUGAUCUACAAAGCAAUGCAAAUCUCCACACACACAAAGCAACCCAGCCACACCCACAUUAAACUACUGUACUGCAGAUUUAAAUGGUCCAGCUUCUUAUAUGCAUUCUUAUUUUACUUCUGUGUGAUUGCUGCUGAAGUUUGUGUUCCUACUUAACAGGUAGUAUGUGAAUUGAGUGAUCUCCCUUGUUCCCAGUGUGCACUUUUCCAGGCUUUUUCUUCUAAAGUAGUUUGUAUUUUUAUGCAGGUCAUGGCAUUUGGAAUGGGCACUUCUUAGAAUACCCCUUGUUUGUCAUUCCCGAUAUAAAUGGCAGCUAUCUCGCUCCAGCUCUUGCGGGUUUCUACAUGUUCCUGACAAUGAUAAUCCUCUUACAGGUGGGAAAAUAUUUAUUGCUAAUGAGGAAAUAGGUUUAAGACUGAGGAUUAAGUCUGAUUGGGCUGGGGGCAAGGGUGCUUUCUUCCAAGUAACUGAUGAGCUUAUGCUGUAAACUGUGUAAAUUGAGCAAUGAUAGUGGCUUUGAGUCUGAGUGUUAUCUGUGAGUCAAAGUUCUCAGAUGGGCGGGGCAUAACCAAUAAAUUAAUAAAAAUUAUUCUAUUUCCUCAUCUCAGCCAUUAACUCAACAGCCUUGGACAAACCUGUCCCUCUCUUUCUCUCUCUGUCUCUCCCUCCCAGCUUCCCCCUCCCAUCUUGGGGAGAGGGAAGUGAAAUACCAGGGGACAGCAAACUUUUUCAGCAGGGGGCCGGUCCACUGUCCCUCAGACCUUGUGGGGGACCAGACUAUAUUUUGAAAAAAUAAUAACCCAGAGAUGCAUUUUAAAUAACAGCACACAUUCUACUCAUGUAAAAACACCAGGCAGAACACAAAUAACCCAGAGAUGCAUAUUAAAUAAAAGGACACAUUCUACUCAUGUAAAAACACGCUGAUUCCCAGACCGUCCGCGGGCCAGAUUUAGAAGGCGAUUGGGCCAGAUCCAGCCCCCAGGCCUUAAUUUGCCUACCCAUGUACCAGCCCAUCUCACUGUAAGCAUCACUGAAGUAAUCAUAUGAAACAGUUUGAGCAUGCAAAAGUACUCUAUAAAUUCUCUCUUACUUUUCCAGCAGACAGAACAUUAUUAGGGACUGAGAGGAACGUUUCGGUGUUAGCAUUAAUCCUCCCAGCGGCAUCCUGCGAUAUUACUGCAGGACUUUAGAACAUUGCUGUAGACUAUUUGGCUUCUCCUUGUUUAUAGGAAAUAUUCUUCCUGUCUCCCUUUAUAUACUAGAAACCUAAUAUAUAAAACAAAUGACCCAACCAGACAUUGCUUUGGGAGCCCCAUGAUCAGAUAUCCUGUGUUGCUACUUUUUCAAAAGGCUGAAGAAGUGUACGCGGGUGGGGAGAAUCAGAUCACAGCUGCCCCACCAAGAGAGGAGGGUGUUGUUUUUACCUGUUUCACUGUAGCCUUUUCUCCGUUCAGAUCACAUCAUCACUGAGCUGCUGUUUGCUUUGUGGAGCAAAACAUGCAGGUUUAUGUGGGUAAUGUUGUAAACUAAAUCUGCCCUUUUUCUCUUAUGAGGUAUCCAAGAGCCCAUAAAGAGUUCUUACAUGGGUUCCCUAUUGGUAGGAGAAAAUAACAGAGGCCAACCAGAUAAUAUUGAGAAGCAAAGAAGCUAGUAAGCCUGAUCUUUAUUGAUCUGCUGCAACAGGGUGCUCCCCUCACACACAGGAAAGGAGGAGGACCCAGAACCAAGGUGUGCCUGCCCUUAUAUAGACAUUUUAAAUUCCCUGCCCUGGAGCUCCAGACCACCCCUCCAUACAUCAUACAUACAUCACAGAAGGGGUGUAACCCAAGACCACCCCCCACAAACAUCAUACCUACAUCACAGAAAAGGUGGUCUACAACAGAAAUUUGAAUGUUGUUGUUUUUCCUGUCUGCCAGGUUUUCUGAUAAUGCCUUAUCUGAUUGCCUUUCCUGGUAGUCUGCCCAUUCCUUUGAAACGGUGAUUUCUAAAUUCCUGUACCAAGGAAGGUUUUUUUCACCUCCUCCCUCCUUGCAGAGAAACAUUUGGUCAGCUUGGGAGUGAAAAUGGUUUCAGGACUGUCUACCUGUGCUGCUUCAGACAUGUGAUUUAUAUAUGUUUGCUUGGUAUAUUUAUGAACAUUUAUUAUAUAUCUAAGACCUUAAAUUCUUAUUACAGUAAUUCUUAUUACAGUAGCAGUAGCUUCUGCCCUUUGGAGAAGAUACAGCUCCAGGGACCAAAUCUGGACUGGAGAGAAAGCAUAAAAGGAAAGGCCAGAUGUCCCAUUUACACUAGGACUUAUCAGGUCUCUCACCACAGCUCCUCUCAGCCCAUUUAAAGCUUUUAGAUAAAUACAACACUGGUCCUGAAGGUUGGAGGAUUUUCCAUAGUGGCAUUUGAUAUGGUGCUGGGGCAGAAACCAGAAAGGGGAAAUGUAGGGUUGCCAUAUUCCCCAAAUGAAAAUCAGGAAAUAUUCUUUUUUUAAAAAAAUAGCCCUACUUGCCAUACGUCCAGGUUUUCCCAGACAUUUCAUUGAUUUAGCGAAAAUCCGCCUGGAUCCCAUUUUGACAUCCCAAUUUCCAGGAUGGCAGCCUUAAAGGUUAGGGUUAGGGUGCUCACAAACAAAUGUAGAGGAGCCCAUUUAAUCCAUUAUGCUAAUAGUCGUCUUUUGGUUUUCAGUAGCAAGUUAACUCACCUCAGCUGUUAAAAGUUCAGGAGCCCUGUCCUCCAUUUUAUCUUUUCAACUAACUGAUACUCCAGCCAACUAAGUUCAACAAAACCGGCUAACGAAAAGAAUAAAUAAUUCUCAUGACACUAAAUAAUAACACUAAAUAUCAGUAUCAGUGUAGGGAUAAAAAGAUAAAUUAGGAUUGAGAUGUGUCCAGAUAUUGAUAUUUGAGGCCCAUGUGAGAGAUAAGAAAAAUACAUUUAUUUUCCAUUUUAUUGUAGUAGCUGAUGGAAUGUAAAUAAAUAAAUAAAAAUGGUUAUGAAUGACAAACAACCUUCUGAGCUGUUUGUAGAACUCCAAAGGGAAGCUAAAUUUUACAUUAGAAAUGUAACUGAGCCCAUUCAGCAAGGGUGGGGAGGGAGAGAUGACACAUUUUGUUUUUCAUAACAAAUACGAGCAAUGUAAGCUUGUCCUUACAGACUGUGUUUAAGAUGAAUAUUAGCUUUCCAGAAGAUACCUCUGGGAGUUUGACCUCAUAUACAGUUAAUAUGUCUGUGUAUUAUUACCACAUGAAUACUGCAUGUCUAUUUCCUAGAUUUAUAGGUCACCCCAUAGCAAAAAGCUCUCCAAAUUAGGAAGAUGUAAAGGCUGUAGCAAAAUUUGAAACAUCUAGAAAAACAAACAUGUACUUUCCUGGUGUUCAAGGGCAUGAAAUUAGGCACCAAAUAGGUUUCCCAGAGGAGAGCAUUCUACCACUAGGUUGCCACUCCUGAAAAGCCUCUUUCACUCAUUACCAGGUGCCACACCUCACAUGUUCCUCUGACAAGUCUAUAGGUUUAUUGUUCUAGUUGAUGGUCAUGACACAUUCCUCUCAUGAGAAUCUCUGGGUACAUGUCGAAAGAGGCAAUCCUUCAGAUGUUGUGUGCCCAAACUGUGAAGGGUUCUGAAGGCCAAAGCCAGGCUUUUGGAUUGGGCCUGGAAACAGACUGAGGGCUAAUCCACACUUCUGCUUGUCCCGUACCUAGAAAGAACUAGUCUAAGCAGUUGUCUCCUUGUCCCACUCCUUUCCAAGGAAAAGCCAACUCCUUGUCCCACUCCUUUCCAAGGAAAAGCCAACUGCUACACUCUUGUAUGAAAAGUUUUUCUGGCUAUGGCUGACUUCUGUUGCAUAGUCAUGCAUCCUUGUCCUGUAGUAUGAAUCUCUUGGCAGUACAUUCCUGUAUAAAGGUUAUUUGGUUCUCAGUAGCAGUUCAUUUCAAUGUCCAAAUCCCUUUUGUUCUGUUUAGCUAGUGUCUGGCAAUCCAAAUGCUUUAGGAGCACAACCAAUGCAUUCACUGUGGAGUCUAGACAGCAAUGUGAAAACGUGAAGGCAUUUUUGCUGUCAACUUUUAUCUACUGGGUUUUUUAGUUAGUUCCCUCCAGGAAGUCUUGUUAGAGCAGCCAGCAUGAAAUCUUGCUUCCAACGAAUUUCUAACAUUCUGGGCAAUGUUCUCUUUCAGAUUUUGAUCCCCAUUUCCCUCUAUGUAUCCAUUGAACUAGUGAAGCUAGGUCAAGUCUUCUUGAUUCAUAAUGAUAUCGAUCUGUACAAUGAAGAGCUAGACUUACGCAUACAGUGUCGAGCACUAAAUAUCACUGAAGACCUGGGGCAAAUCCAGUACAUAUUCUCUGACAAAACAGGGACCCUGACGGAGAAUAAGAUGGUGUUUCGACGUUGUACAAUUGAUGGGAGAGAAUUCUCACAUCAGGAAAACGGUAAGACAUGUGCACUGUCUCUAUGACCCUGGGCUACAUUGAAUGUGAAACAUUGUCUUUCUGCCAUAUAAUCUGGAAGUUGCUUUGGAAGACAGAGGAUCUUAGCUUCCUUCCCCCUUUAAAAGCCGUGUUUAUCACAUACAGAUGUAAAGAAACUUUAUGAGAGCCAGUGUGGUGUAGUGGUUAAGAGCGGUAGACUCAUAAUCUGGUGAACCGGGUUCGCGUCUCCGCUCCUCCACAUGCAGCUGCUGGGUGACCUUGGACCAGUCACACUUCUCUGAAGUCUGUCAGCCCCACUCACCUCACAGAGUGUUUGUUGUGGGGGAGGAAGGGAAAGGAGAAUGUUAGCCGCUUUGAGACUCCUUUGGGUAGUGAGAAAGUGGGAUAUCAAAUCCAAACUCCUCCUCCUCCUGAGCAACUUUACCUGUAUCCCCCAGCAGCCACUGAGGAGGUGGGAGAUGUAGACUGCACAACCAGGCCAUUUGAAGGGGAUUUGCGCCCACCUGUCUGCAGGUAGGGAGGCUGGGUCACAUAGUACAGCCAUCUGGCAGCAGAGGAGCCUCCGGCAAUUGGAACCUUUGUGACCCAUUUCUUCAACUCUCCAUUGCUGCUCUAUGACAACCUCUGAGGUACAAGCAAACUCCCACCUUCCCCUUUGCCCACUCUCCAGCUAUAUGCAGGGCUAUGUAGGGGUACAAGUGCUAGAUAGCCCUGUUCCCAACCUGAAUUUUAUGCAUGAAAUGAGUGGGCGAAGCAAGCCCAGGAUGCCAGAGACAAAGGUGCUUAGGCUAUUGUGUGUUUCCUUGUUUCACUGAUAUUCUUGCUUUAUUUAUUAUAUAUCCUGCUUUUAUUCCAAGCAGCUCAAAAUGGCAUACAUUCUUCUCCCCCUCACCUUUUUCUCCUUCCAACAAUCCUGUGAGGAAGGCGAGGCUGGGAGCUGGUGAUGGGUCCAAGGUUCACAUCUGAGUGGGGAUUUGCAUCCUCGUCUACCAGAUCCAAGCCCAACUCUUCAACCACUACACUACAUUGACCUGGUCCAGUCCAAUGGGCUAACACCUCUGCUUGUGCACUGCUCCUACACAUUAUGCUCAUGCACAUGCUGAAACUCUGCACUUUGUCCUCCAUUGGUGAGGACAGAAUCAUGGCCUUGCAACCUUCAGGGGGUCUGGUUUGAGGAGGUCUGCAUGAAGUUGGACAGAAGUAUCGUCUGACAGUCCCUUCAAAUAAUGAUGGUGAUAAUGCAGCACAUUUAUUUUAUCUCUUAUAGCCAAGAGACUAGAAACGUACAAGGAGUUGGAUUCAGAUGCUGAAGACUGGGCGAAACAUUUGAGUCUACCUCCAAACAAUGGUGGAGAAAUUCUCAGGCGGAACAGCACUGCUAAGCCCUUGAGGAGGUGGCAGAGUGCUCGGGCUCGGUUUCAGGGACACACAAGGCAGAGAUCUCUGGGUGGCAUCUCUCAGUCUCAAGUGGCAUUUAGCAGUACCAUUGUAAGUAAGACCUUUUGCUUCUUUUAAUUAUAAAGUCUUUAGUAAUAGAUCAGAACAAAUGGCAAUCUGGAGAAAGCUAGUAUUGCCUUUUGUUCCAAUUGAGCGCUAAAGAGCAGUUUCCCCAGCAGAGAAGCAGCAAGAAAAAAGGAGGUGUGAAUAAGCCCUAAGCUCCAGCUAAAAUACACACACAACAACAACAGACUAAAUAUUUUUAAAGCAUAACAGCAGUAACCAGUUUUCCUUUGUGGUGUGUGGUUCUUUUUUUAAAAAAAUGCACACUAACAGAUUGUACAGGCUGUGUUCAAAUGUUCGUCAUGGUUUCUAUAAAUACUAAGCAAAACAUUGAUUCAUGCUAAAAGACACCACGUUCAUACACAUACCCCCAAAGGUUCAUGCAGUACAGUUUAUGGGCUUUGCUUACUAAAUGUCAGGUUUCCUAGCACUAUGUGCAAGGCAUAAAAAGUGGUAGCCUCAGGUAGAAUGACAAUGGAAGAAUUUAAUACUGCUGAGAAGAUGCAGUAGUUCCUGGCUAAAGGUCAGUACAACAUCUCCUGCAAACACCUGCCUCUUAAGCCUAUUGCCAAGAAAUCUGAUAAGCAGCAAAUCAGCGCAUCUGAUGUUGAGGUUUAAUAGAAAGCGUUUGCACUAGCAGCUGUCAAAGGAAUCGCCAAAAUUAAAUCCAGACUUUUUAAAAGAAAAACUUGAGGCAACAAUCCUGAUCCAGAUGCUUGUGGGCAGAUCUGCACAGGCAAUUGUGACCCCUUCUUUCUCACUGUCGCUGAAUUGCAGCUCCAUCCUUAGCCAUAAGAGAUUUUCAAAGCUCUCUUGUGUUGGGGAUUGAAAAAGUGAGAGAAAUUACGCUUGCCUGCAUUCAAACUGAACUCUCCCGUGCCUGCUCAAAGGAGCUUCCGAAAUUGGCCACAAUCCACAAGUCAAGUCCUGCUUACGUUCACCUUGGUUGACAAGGAUGCCAGUCUCCCCUGCUGUAGUUCCCCUUCUGGCCCUAGUACUUAUAAGGUCUUCUGCCAGGCCAGAAGUCAGUGUCGUCAGACAUCUGCUAACGUUUUGACACACCAAGGCUGACAGGACCUUCUAGCUGUCACAGCCAGAUGAGUGGCAGUGAGGCACCAGUGAUGCUGCCAGCAACCCUAACCAGAGGGAGGCAUCAGCGUAAGGCAGCAAAGGCUGGGAUAUGGUAAAGAGAAGCAAAGUUUUGACAUUAUAUGCAUCAUUCAACCUGCCCUGAACCCCCUAAGGUAGCCUGUGCUGCCCUCAGGUGUGGUGGAGGAUGCCAUGAGAUUGAAUAGCUGGUCUGGACAUCCUCUAUAGGGAGUUGGGGAGAGGGCAUCUUAUCCUUUGCCUCAGGCGGCAAAGUGCAUUGGGUGGGCUAUGGGUCUAAUUUCCUUCUCACAAUCCCUGCCAUUUCUCUGACGCUUUAGCACCUGCUGGUUUUGAAGCUGAUAAUAACACUGUGAUUCUGUACACGCAAUGUUCUUUGAAACUCUAGAACACCCAGCAGAAGGUUGUUUUUCGCACAAUCCUAACAAUGUGAAGAUUUUUUUUUUAACUGAGUAACAUGUAUUCCAGGAGAAGGACGUGACCCCAGAUAACAGGCUGCUGAUGAAAGUGAGAAAUGCAUCGUGCCAGAUUGAACCUUUGACACCAUUUAUGUUUGCAAAGACCACCUCCUCCAUUACAGACUUUUUUCUUGCUCUGACCCUCUGCAACACUGUUGUGGUCUCCACAGCAACCGAUCCAAGACAAAGGGUAAUCUCUCACUUUAACAUCUCUUUGAGGAAAUGAGUUGAAUUUAAUAAAAGACUUGAGAGCUUUAUGAUGACAACUUACUUGGGGAGGUAAAAAAAAAGUUGCUUUUGAGGGGAAGAUUAAAAAAGGGUAGGGGGUUUCCCCCUUAGUCUGCAAUAAUUCUGCAGAAUCCUCUCUCUGUCUCCCUUUGUAUUCCUGCCUAACAACUUAUCCUCAUGUCCCUAAGGAAUAUGCUAAUUUGAAAGUGAAAUAGUAUUCCCCUAUAUUUCUUGAUUAUGGCUGCAAACAUCAAUUGAUUAAUUGGCAUGAUUAAAUGAUUAAAGUCUUAAUUGCAGCUUCUAAAUGCAUUCCAGUUCAUCAGGGUAGUUGCUUCCUUUGUAAAACAGAUUUUAUUUUUUGUUAUGAGCUUCUUGCUUGAGCCAAGGCGUAUAGAGCUCAACCUCCUCCUACUCCAAAUAACCCCAGUGCCACCCACUUGUUUCCAUGCCUUGCAAAAAGAGGUUCUGAAUGUUAUGAAUAAGCCAUAGAUACCCAUUAGAAGGGUAUGUUAUGUUUUAAAUUAUGCCUGAAGGGCACAGGGUGGGUGGGUGGGUGGAUAAUCAUAACUCAGAAAUCACUAGUUUAAAUACACAACCUCAGGACUUCCAGCAGGGUCCCCUAAGCCUCAGUGUAGCCUUUGGGGACUGGGGGCUGCCAUGAGGAUAACAGGAAGGGAACGUCAGCUUCCUCCAGCCUCAUUACACACACCCAUCUCAGAAUCCAGCCAAUGAAUGGGAGCCUUCUGCCCCUUUUCUUUUCUUAAAUUCUUUGUGAACACAUAAUAGAAGAAUAGCUGUCGCCUUCAUUUAGGAUCACCAGAAAAAGCACUAUUAAUAUAUGCAAAUUGAUUAAUUAACUGAGUAACUAGUUAAAAGUGAGGCAAUUCAUUGAUUUGAAAUAGCUUGCUUGACAGCCUUGUUUUUGUAUAUGGCAGGGUUCUCAAAGGUACAUGUUGCUGUUUAAUUAUCUCUGUACCUUUGCUCAUCUCCUUCUCUGAUACUAAGAAUAUAAACCAAACAAACAAACAAAACCCAUCUUAAAUCUAGAUGCUCCCUUAAGGAGCCCCUCAUUGUAUCUAGAGACAUCACCUGACGCAUACAUCUUUGUCGUAUGGUGAUAGCAGUGUUCUACUUGUUAGAAAAUGCCCCCCUUGUGUUGUAGUACAUAAUUUCAGCUAUAAUUAAUCCUGAUUCCCUCUUUUCUUUCAAGGUUACCAUUCCGUCACCGAUGAAACCAUCAGCACUAUCCCUGGAGAAAAUUCACCAGCUGUUCCAGCGUCUAAAGCUGGCAAGCCUCAGCCAGUCUCUUUCAUCAGCUCAGUCAAAUUCAGACUUAGGAGAGAGUUUGACUACAGAAACCACCAGAGUCUGUGCUGACUCCGAAACAAAAGAUUAUUUUUCUUCUCAAAGCUGUUCCACUUUAGCAGAUGAUUACAGUUUUAGAAGAGAUUCAAUCACUGAGAAAGACACCUUUGGGGACAGCGAUCCCACUCCAGCAGAGAUCUGUGGGGCAGCUUACCAGGGAGCUUCCCAAAUAGAGUUUUGUUAUGAGGCUGAAAGCCCAGAUGAAGCUGCCCUUGUCCAUGCAGCCCGGGCUUACCAGUUUACAUUAGUGUCCAGGACUGCUGAACAAGUGACUGUGAGGCUGCCAGAGGGCACCCUCCUGACCUUUGACCUCUUGUUCACUUUGGGAUUUGACUCCAACAGAAAAAGAAUGUCGGUGGUGGUGAGGCAUCCCCAUACUGGUGAAAUAAUUGUCUACACCAAAGGGGCUGACUCUGUCAUAAUGGACUUAUUGGAAGAACCUUCCAGAGGUAAUUUUUUGCAUUCGCCAAGAAACUAUCUAUUGAGAAUGUGUAGCCUAGGUUGCAUGAAAUAUAGAUUCCAUCUACAAAACUACAAUGGAAGCAAAAGUGUUAACCAUGCAAGUUGUAGUGCAGAAAGAGAAUGAGUAGGCAAACUAAGGCCCGGGGGCCGGAUCUGGCCCAAUCGCCUUCUCAAUCCGCCCUGCAGACGGUCCAGGAAUCAGCUUGUUUUAACAUGAGUAGAAUGUGUCCUUUUAUUUAAUAUGCAUCUCUGGGUUAUUUGUGGGGCCUGCCUGGUGUUUUUACAUGAGGAGAAUGUGUGCUUUUAUUUAAAUGCAUCUCUGGGUUAGUUGUGGGGCAAAAAAUUCAUUCAUUAUUAUUUUUUCAAAUUAUAGUCCGGCCCACCACAAGGUCUGAGGGACAGUGGACUGGCCCCCUGCUGAAAAAGUUUGCUGUCCCCUGGUGUAUAUCAUGUAGAGCAGCCUAAUUGGGAAGCCAUAAUGAAUAGGUUUUAUGAGAUCUGCAAUAAUACCACAAUUAUCUUGCACACUGUGAUGCUCUAACUGUUGGGACAGAUAGGCAGCGACAUCUAGACUUGCCCUUGCCCUGCAGCUCCCCCCUGGAGAAACCAGUUUUUUACUGCUGCACUGGAGCAAAUGUCAAUCGGGUUUUCUCCAGAUUGACUUUUGCUCCAGAUUGGGUUUUCUCCAUAUUGACUUAUCAGUAAACAGCGGGUUUUCCUGGGGAAAGCAGUGGGGCAAGGGCAGAACUGAUUGGAUCCAUGCCUAGAAAGCAUGGACAAGUGGAAAACUACUUAGACUCAUGCUUUCUAGUGAUGGGACAAGCGGACAUUUGGACAAGUCCCAUAUAGCAGUGAGAUGUCAACUAUAGUGGUCCCAGGCUAGAGAAAAGCAAGUACACUAAAGUCCCUCUACGAUUAAGUGCUGAAAGGGUGAUUUCAAUAGGACUUAAUGCUGCAUUAUAUGGAAUCAUAGAAUUGUAGUGUGGAAGGGAUCCUGAGGGAUCUCACUGAGGCAUGCCUUUCCCCCUAUGAUUCAUGCAGGUUGUAAGAUAGAAAUUGGGAGCUUGGGUCCUCCAGGUUUUCAUGGACUACAACUCCCAUCGUCCCUGACCAUUGGCCAUGCUGGCUGGGGCUGAUGGGAUUUGGAGUCUGACAACAUAUGGAGUGUUACAUCCCUGCUGUAAUACUUGCUUAUUUUAAAGUUUCACAAGUUCUGUGUACCUGCUUAUCCAGUCAUUCAUUUCUUUUUUUAUUUACAAAAACAGGGAAAGAUUUUUUGUUAUAUUGUUCCAGGAGUUGAGGUGAAAAAAGCUUCUUUUUAGCAUUAUGGAUGCCAGCAAAUCAGUGUCAAUCAAUGACCAUUUCUGCUGCAAUAUAGAUAGAUAGAUGAUAGAUAGAUGAUAGAUAGAUAGAUGAUGAUAGAUAGAUAGAUAGAUAGAUAGAUAGAUAGAUAGAUAGAUAGAUAGAUAGAUAGAUAGAUAGAUGAUAGAUAGAUAGAUAGAUAGAUAGAUAGAUAGAUAGAUAGAUAGAUGAUAGAUAGAUAUAGAUGAUAGAUGAUAGAUGAUAGAUGAUAGAUGAUAGAUAGAUGAUGAUAGAUAGAUAGAUAGAUAGAUAGAUAGAUAGAUAGAGAUAGAUAGAUGAUAGAUAAAUAGAUAGAUAGAUGUCUUCUAAGAACUCGGUCCUAAGAGGAAAGUGAUAUCUGGUUGAGCACAGUAGGGGGGCUUCUAAAGCAGCUCUGCUGCUCUGACAAUAUAUGACAUUUAUGCACCAGAGACAACACACUUCACAUUUAUGGGCUUGGAAGAGAUCCUUGUAAUAUUAACAUGCUUUUACAGGUGUGAGAUGGUGAUUUGGCAUAAUCUGUAACUGGAAUAAGCAUCAAUCUGCUUGUGUUUCACAGCUAACCUAGACAUGGAAAAGAAAAUAAGAAAAGUCAGAGAUCAAACACAGAAACAUUUAGAUUUCUAUGCACAAGAUGGCCUGAGAACUCUAUGCAUCGCUAAGAAGGUAAGCAAAAGAUUUUUUUUUAUUUCCUUCGUCUGAACAAUCUUACUAAAAGGGGCAAUACUCUAAAGAACCAAUGCUCUGCUUCUGCUCUUCUUAUGACUCUUUCCAGACUGCUUUUAGAAAUCCCUAAUCAAAUAAAUAUUCUCUUUCAUGUAGCUUUCUGUACUCCUCCUAUGCUGAUUAAUCAUGAUAUAAAUGGCCUGAAACCUGCAGCUUCUUUCUGCUGUAUUAGAGUAGCAGUGAAGAAUUCCCAUCACCGCUUAUGUAAGCAUUCCAAGGCUGCUCCAGAGAUCAUCAUUUGUAGAUUAUGGUCUGGAGCCAAUGAGCUGGAAGAAGGGAAGGGUUGUUUAGGUUUUAAUGUUCCUAUUAACAUUUCACAUUAUCCUGAAAUGGGUGUUUGGUGGGGGGAGGAGAAGCUGCUCAUCAUGACACAGAAGUCAGUUUGCAUCUCAUUCUUAGAAUUAUUUCAGGCAUUGCGUUAAACCAUGAUUUGCAGCAACUAUAGCUCAGACUUGAAACCAUUAUUUGCAUUCCCAACAUAUUCCUACAAGUCUGUACAGCUUUCUUUUUCUCCCACACUCUCUGGAUGCCAGAACAACAUCCCAAGCCAAAUAAGUCUCAUUGUGUUCAGUGGGGCCAACCUCCAGAUGGAUAUAGGAUUGCAAUUUACUCACUGAAGCACACUUCUUAGUAAGCAUGCUGAGUUUAAUGAGAUUUACUCCCAAGGAAAUGUGCUUGAACCUUAAACUGCAAUCCUAUAUCAUGUUGCUUGUUGGCUGUGGUGCUUUGUGGCACUGCACCCUGGUUCAGCCAAUCCAGAACACUCUUGACUAAGCUAAAUGUCAGAUAGAAACAUUUGUGUUUGAAACAUUUACUUCAAACAAUCCAACACACUGCAGGAACCGAAUGUCUUUGCCAUCUGUAAUUGUGAGCAUGUGUUGUACUAGGUCCUGAGUGAAGAUGACUUUCAGAUAUGGGCCAACUUUCGUCGUGAGGCAGAAACGGCUAUUGACAACAGAGAUGAGCUACUCAUGCAGACUGCGCAACAUCUGGAGACGAAACUCACAUUACUAGGUAACUUUUAAGACAAUUCAUUACACGCUAGAGUGUAAUGAUAUAUCCUUGGCAACUUAAAGGGAUGAAUUGCCUGUAUCCAAUCAUAAGCACAUUUACUUGGAAGUGAGUCACAAUUUUAAAACUAGUCUCAGCCUUUGAAAUGAAGUUAACAUUGUAGUCUAUGACAAAUUUCAUCUUCAAUAUCUUCCUGCAUAGUUUUGCAAAUUAAAUAAGGCAGGUGUGGAAAACCUGUUGCCCUCAUGAUGUUACUGGAUGCCAACUCCCAUCAACCCAACCAGUGUAGCCAAUGGUCAGGGAUGAUGGGAGUUUUAACCAAGCAAUAUCUGGAAGGCCACUGGUUCCCCAACCCUGAUGUAACAACAUACAAAGCCCACCUAUACUUAUGUAUGUAGAUAGCAACAGUAUCUACAAGCUUGCCAGUGAGUUCAUGAUGUGAAAUAUAUGCUUGAUCCAUGAAUAUGUUAUCUUGCCUAUAAGCAAAACCGCAAUCAUCUUAGGUGAACCUUCUGUCCUAUCUCAAUCACCGUUUUGCUCUUUUGAGCUAGAGUUUUGAAAGGAUGCAAUAGCAUUUCCUGCAAACUCAGUUAAAUUCGUCUUAUCUGAUCCAUUUCCACUGUAUAUGUAUGCAUGUUGUAUACAUUUAAACACAUACAGUUGCAGAGCCUUAACUUACACUGUAAGUUUUUUCCUCAGUUAUGCAUUGUAAAAUUAGAACAUUUUGUGUGCUUUGCAGAAGUAAUUUAUUACUUUAAUUGUAAUGUACAAAGUGAGGUUCACAGAACUUACCUGCCUACAGUUCUAAGUGAUGUUGCUGGCCAGAGCCAGCCCUAUCAUCAGGCAGAGCAAAGCAGCUACUUCAGGCAGCAGGGGAUGGGGAGCAGCAGCAAUAUGUUGGAGAACAGAGCAGUGUGCGCCAUGUGGCCUGCACUACAACACACACCCCAGCCUGUUGUCCACAGGUGCAGCAGAGGAUGCCAUCCCAACUACCAGUCCCAUCAGUUUCUCUGCAUAGGGUUAGAGAAGGGUGUCCACUUGUCAUCUGCCUCAGGUAGCAAAAUGUCUUGGACUGACCCUGCUGCUGGAGCUUCUUCCUUCUCCACUUCUAUGUGAUGUAUGAACUAGAAAAUGUAGUCUAUGUGCCACUGGAACAGAGAGUACUCUAAGCAGAGCUUUAGAGUUAUAAAUAACCGCAUCCUUUAGAAGUACAGUUAAUGACAUAGUUUAACUACCAAAAAAUUGUUAGUUUGCUUUAAGUCAGCAGUAGCCAGUCUUCUGGGUCAUUGUGCCCCAAAUUCCCACAGCAUGAAACAGUGUCACUUGAGUGCAUGCUACAGUGCAUAUGUGCUGCACACCAUGCCUUGAUGCCUUUGUCUCUAUGCUACAGAAACAAGAAUUUAGGAAGCAUUACAUUAUCAGAAAAACAAGUAGGAGUACAGACAAAACAAUGCAAGGCCCUUGCGCCUGUAUAAAUCUCUACUGCCUCUGCCACCUUUUAGCCAUCCAUGCUCUAAGCAAUAAUUUGCUUUUUAAUAUUCAAUAUUUAUUGUAUUGAUUUCCAUUCCUGACCUCAGGCAAACAUACAAAUUGUGGCAAUAUUCACUCAGAUUUCUAUUUCCAGAAGAACUCUCAGAUUUCCCUGGCUAGAUGAUGUCUUCAGGAAAGGGCAACUUCAUUUGGAGUUAAGUUAGUUGUAAGAAAGCACAUGAAAAAGUCAGACCUAUCUCAGCUCUCAUUUAUCACUGCAAAUAAUCUAAUACUGACCUCUGGCAGAAGAGAUGCUAUUACUCUCUCAGUCAUUAAUUACCUUUAGCAUUCAUUUAGCCUCUUACCUUAGUUUUUGAGCAUCUCAAACAAAGAAAUGUAAUAUAACCUCCCUACAUUCUUUCUUUUUUUAAAAUAAUAUUUAUUAUUUUUCCAAAAGCUUAAACACUAAAAAGAAAAAAAAAUACAAUACAACACAUCAAAUUAACAAAACAAAACAAAGACAAUAAAAUAAAUCAAACAAUUUCAUUAUCCCAUCUUUCAUUCACUUAUUUCCACGACCUCCUCACACCUCCCUUUUUGUAUUCCACUUCUGUUAAUUAUUUCAGCAAUUCCUUUCCAUCUUCCUCUGUUUUCUAUCCUAUAAUUAUCUUAACUCAUUCUAACCUUAUUUUUCCCUUUAAUGCUCUAUUAACCUAUCUGUACUUAAUUCCUUAUAAUAUUUCUACUAAAGCCAUAUAACUUCAUUCCAACAUUUUUCUAACAUUCAUUAAUUUUACACUAUUUCUGUAGAUAGUCUUUAAACUUUUUCCAAUCUUCUUCCACCGACUCUUCUCCCUGGUCUCGGAUUCUGCCAGUCAUUUCCGCCAGUUCCAUAUAGUCCAUCAACUUCAUCUGCCAUUCUUCCCGGGUGGGCAAAUCUUGUGUCUUCCAAUACUUCGCGAUGAGUAUUCUUGCUGCUGUUGUUGCAUACAUAAAAAAAAGUUCUAUCCUUCUUUAACACCAAUUGGCCGACCAUGCCCAGGAGAAAGGCCUCUGGUUUCUUCAGGAAGGUAUAUUUAAAUACCCUUUUCAUUUCAUUAUAAAUAAUCUCCCAGAAUGUCUUAAUCCUUGGGCAUGUCCACCAAAGGUGAAAGAAUGUGCCUUCAGUCUCAUUACAUUUCCAACAUUUAUUUUCGGGCAAAUGGUAAAUUUUUGCAAGUUUGACUGGUGUCAUGUACCACCUAUAAAUCAUUUUCAUUAAGUUUUCUCUUAGGGCAUUACAUGCCGUAAAUUUCAUACCUGUGGUCCAUAACUGGUCCCAGUCAUCCAUCAUUAUAUUAUGUCCAACAUCUUGUGCCCAUUUAAUCAUAGCUGAUUUCACCGUUUCAUCCUGAGUGUUCCAUUUCAACAGCAAGUUGUACAUUUUUGACAAAUUCUUAAUUUUGGAAUCUAGCAAUUCUGUUUCCAAUUUUGAUUUUUCCACCUGGAAACCAACUUUUUUGUCCAAAUUAUAUGCCUCCAUUAUUUGGUAAUAAUGGAGCCAAUCUCGCACUUUAUUUUUCAAUUUUUCAAAGCUCUGCAAUUGUAAUCUGUCUCCCUCUCUUUCCAGAAUUUCCCAAUAUUUCGGCCAUUUGGCCUCCAUAUUGAGUUUUUUCUGUGCCUUCGCUUCCAUUGGUGACAACCAUCUUGGGGUUUUCUUUUCUAACAAAUCUUUAUAUCUUAUCCAUACAUUAAACAAUGCUUUUCUAACAAUAUGAUUUUUAAACGCUUUAUGUACUUUUACCUUAUCGUACCACAAAUAUGCAUGCCAACCAAAUACAUUAUUGAAAACUUCUAGGUCCAACACAUCAGUGUUUUCAAGUAGCAGCCAUUCUCUCAGCCAACAAAAAGCAGCUGAUUCAUAGUAGAGUUUUAGGUCUGGCAGGGCAAAUCCACCUCUUUCUUUAGAAAUGUAAUAUAACCUCCCUACUUUCUUUAAUGUGACAAGUAGCUGAUCUGUUUAGUGAAUUAAAAGGGUCAAUGUUCAGUUCAGUUUUGUAUCUUUCUUGUGAUGCUAUGACAUCUUUAAAGACAUAGGUUAUGAUCUGGUGAUUAUGAGCAGGUGAAAAAAACAAAAAGAUUACUACCUGCGCAGUUCUGUGCACUGAUGCUUAAGUGCUGGCACAAAUUAUGUGUAUAAUGAGCUGAAUCUAAACUUAGUUCUGCACACACAACAGAUUCUCUAUUUUUCUCGCAUGCAAAGGCUGUUGUAGGAACAAAUUAACUAACUCUGCAUGCUAAAACCUGUUCCCAGAAACAGAGAAGGAUCACUGCUCCCAAUUGGCUCAACAAUGCCUACCUCUUGAAGCAGGUCCUGGGAACCACUCAGUAUUGAGACCAGGGUUGCCCUGCUCUGGUCAGUUCCAGUACCAACUGUUGUAGGCUACAGUCUUCUAGGGUUUCUCAAAAUUUUACCUCUUUGUCAUGGCUAGAACACAUACGUUGACAUUCUGUGUGAGGGUAGUUGAAGUCCCCCAUUUCUACAAUGUCUCCUCUUUUGGAUGCUCUCUUGAUUUUGUUCUUCAUCUCAAGAUCUCCAUGGGCAUUUUGAUCAGCGGGAUGAUAGCACAUCCCCAGUAGUGAAUUACUCUUGGGGCCUGGUAUCACCACCCACAAUGAUUCUGUGACAGAGUCUGCCCCUUUGAGGAUUUCUAGCCCUGAAGAACCUUUGAGGGAAAAUGCAGCGGAAAAACUGCAUGAACUUACUUUCCUACAUCUUUUCAGUUACUUUUCCUUUAUCUUUUAUAGCAACUGUUGCAACAGGUGAAUAAACGGGCAGGUUUGUAACAGUGCUGUGUAGUUUUGUAUGCAAAGUGCACUCUGCAUGCUCAGUCAAAGCUUGGUUCCCCAUUCUUCCGUUUUACCAGGAGCAACUGGUAUUGAAGAUCGGCUGCAAGAUGGAGUGCCUGAUACCAUUGCUGCUUUCAGAGAGGCAGGGAUCCAGAUUUGGGUGCUGACUGGAGAUAAGCAGGAAACAGCAGUUAACAUUGCAUAUUCUUGCAAACUUCUGGACCAAAGAGACACAGUCUUUACCAUUAAUACUGAAAGUAAGGUGAGUCCAAAUGGCCUGCAAGGGACUCUAUGACGACUUGUUUAAUGAUCUGCCAUGCAAGCUUCCUUCAUCUUUAAAGGUAAAGGUAAAGGGACCCCUGACCAUUAGGUCCAGUCAUGAAUGACUCUGGGGUUGCGGCGCUCAUCUCACUUUACUGGCCGAGGGAGCCUGCGUACAGCUUCUGGGUCAUGUGACCAGCAUGACUAAGCUGCUUCUGGCGAACCAGAACAGUGCAUGGAAACGCCGUUUACCUUCCCGCUGAAGUGGUACCUAUUUAUCUACUUGCACUUUGACAUGCUUUCAAACUGCUAGGUUGGCAGGAGCAGGGACCGAGCAACGGGAGCUCACCCCAUUGAGGGGAUUCGAACCACUACCUUCUGAUCAGCCAGCCCUAGGUUCUGUGGUUUAGACCACAGCGCCACCUGCAUCCCUCCUUCAUCUUUAAUGCAGCAUUAAAGUGAAAAACAUGGGUCAAACUGUUAUUUGGAAAAUGAUCCUUUUGAAGCUGUACUAUGCUGUAUUAUUGGAAUUCAGGAAGAUUGUAUAGGCAUGAAAGACAAACAUUUGGCUUUAAUAUUUCAAACUUAUUUGGCAAUUUGUAAAAAGCCUUGUCUCCAAAUAGCGUUGAGGUUUUGCUAGCUAGAAGGCUUGCUAUCUGUCCCUUGCUAGAUUUGUAUAUGAAAUAAGUAACUGUCCUAUGAAAUAAGAGCGUGUGGCAAGCCUACUUGCUAGAUAACAUUUCACUGGCAACAAUUAAACUGGAAAUGUUGCCUUUACCCUGUUCCAAUUAAUUCAUUCCUGCAGGAGAUGCUUAUGGCAAGCCUGCACAACUAGUGACCCACCAAGUCAAAUGUAGCUCAGCAGCCAAAUCUGAAGGACCACCAACAACCCAGUAAACCACAGGUUUGUGCUGUCUGCCUUUUACUGCAGAAAUCUGGGGAAGGGGAUAUCAAGCACCUGUGGGCUUGACAUCCCCCAUGUGACAGGCACCUGUUGCUUGGCUGGUCACAUGUAUAGUUCAGGGCAGAGCUAUCAGUGGUGCUGAAAAUUCAAUUUCUGACUUGAUCAAAGCUCCCAGACUAAUUUGCAGACCAAAACAUCCUUACCCUUCAGAUUUUACUCUUAUCCAGUGGGUGCAGUACACUUCUCAACUUUAAAAGCAUACCAAAUAUAUUUAAAAUGUAGUUUGUGAUAAAAUACAUUUAGAAAUGUGAGAUAAAAUGUUUAUUUAAAUACCAUGUAGGGAUAAAAUGCAUAUUGAAAUGUGUGUUUACUAGCUUUUAGGGAGAUUUAAAACACAGAGAAAGGCAGAUGAAUGUGGAAGCAGGACAGAGCAGACAUGAAUGAAUGAAUUCAUCCAAAAUUAACACAGACCAGAAAUAGAGUGAUCCAUCUAUUUCUAGUACUGGGAUUGGGCCCCUAAACAAGGAAUGUACUGAUAUGGGAUCUUUAUCAUCUAAUACUUUGAGCACCUAUUCCAGUGAAUCAAUUUAAUCAUCAGACCGUAAAGCAGCUAUGCUACUACAUUUAUAUACAGUAGAAUGGUCUAUUCAGAUACAUGCAAUGAUAUCGGUUUGAAUGCAUUUGCUAUCAACUUACUAAAAUUACUUCUAUGUAUUCCCUGAGGAAUAGCAUAUCCUAUAAACAAUAAAUGAACAAGGCAAUUCUCAAAUUGUAAAACAAGGGCAUGCCAAUGGGCCUUUGCAGCUGUUUAAUUUAUAUUUUUUAUUAGAGAGUCACCUUAAUGAAAAUCUGUAUUUUUCAUUAUUAUUUUUAAAUGGUGCUUUAUGUUUUAUGGAAGUAGAUAAAUAUUUAAAUAAAUAAAUAAAUAAGCAAGCUAAUAAUUAGUAUAAUACAAAUUAGCUACAAAUUAUGGAUGCAUUGAUAAGUCAUGACUUAGUUAAGUUCAAAAAGGGUAUUAGAAGUAAAUUGAAAUUAUCAUUAUCAAACGUUUGAUAAAGUGACUUGUUGGAAGGCUUUGGUAAGUCAACACUUGGUUUAGAUUCACCAGUCUUUGGGAUACUCAAACAAAAUGAAAGGCUGUGGGCUUUUUAAAAAGGGGGGGGAAGGUUAGCACAAAACUUUCUAAUAAUGGAACAAGUCCUGCUUAUAGUGCAAUGGAGAAUACAACUCUACACAACUCUCUUUUCAUAGGAAACCUGUGAAUCACUGUUGGAUAUUACAUUGGAAGAAGUGAAGAAGGCACAAAGCAUUCAAGGGAUAUCUUGGACUGUUUUUGGCAUCAAGCUGCCAUUUUCUGUGUCCACCACUGUGACUGCAGAUCCUGCAAUUGGUCUGGUGGUUGAUGGAAGAACUCUGAAUACCAUUUUCCAGGGACAACUUGAGCAUAAGUUUCUGGAACUAACCAAGUACAGCCGUUCAGUUUUAUGCUGCCGGUGUACCCCCUUGCAGAAGAGCAUGGUGGUCAAACUUGUGCGGGGUCAGCUGAAAGUUAUGACAUUGGCAAUAGGUGAGUAGUUGCCAUUUGAGCAUCAUGAUCUCAUGACUUGGCUGCUAUUUAGCUUGAAAUGUGAACGCUAAAGCCAUCUCGCAUCCUACACCAGAGGGGCAAAUAUGUCCUGCUCUGCCACACUUCGUUUAAUGUCCAUUUACUCAGAGGAACCAGCGACACAUUGUGUACUAACUUGCAUCCAUCACAGAUCUAACACCAUCACAGAUCUAACACCAACUGUUAAAUAUCGCCUCAUCUACCAUUAUGCACAUUUAUUGUCAAUAGCAGCUGUUUGCAUGUCUAAGCGCAAGUUGUCAAGUGAUGUGCAUGUGUAAAUCAGCCUUCAGCAAUACCAGAUUGUUUGAAAUGUGAUGUCAGGUGUGAGUGUAAAGUGGCUUACUCGUAAUAUUUAACUGAUCACAGCUCUGAGGUAUUGCUGUAACACAACAACUUUAUAGAGGCAUUUUAGCCAAGUUCCAAAGAAUUGAGGAACUCGACUCAUGAGCUCAAGAGGCUAUAUAUGGUUAAUUUACUCAAGCAGUAGACCCCAAGCCAUUUGACAAGGUGCGUUUGGAGCCAAACAGAGUUUUAAAAGCAGCUAGUGACAUGCCUUUGCAGUGAGGGGGGCAUCCAGCUGUCCAAAAGGGGGUGAGUCAAUAAUUCCACCAGGCUGAAACAAGCCUCUUGUGUGAACCCAAGUUGGCUUCUUAAUCAUUUGACAUCAAGGGUGGUAUUCAACACAUAUGUAAGUAUUACCACUAGUGCAAUGGGGUGCCCUCCCCUUCUCCUCACCUUGCACCAUCCCCAAGUCUGCCACAGAGGGUUUGGGGGGGGACCCAGAACAAAUUUAGCAGAAGAACAUGCAUUUGUGCAAGAAGAAAUCCUUGUAGAUGGAACCUGCAACUUUAUGCUAUGUUGAAUAUAGCCCUUUGCAUUAACUUACGAUUUGUUUCAACUAUUGCUGUUUCCCACUUUUUUUAGGUGAUGGUGCCAAUGAUGUAAGUAUGAUUCAGGCAGCUAAUGUUGGAAUCGGUAUUUCAGGACAAGAAGGGAUGCAGGUAUACAUAAUAACGGAAGUCUAUUCCUUUGUCUUUGGCAGCUACUGCUGGGGCAUUUGUCAUCAGCGUUCAGAAUUUAUAGAAGGGUGUAUUCUGUGUAUAACAUGAACGUAAGCUAUCAUUAUGGCUAUCUGACAUAAUAUGCUAAUAAACCAAGGUGAAAUGUCCUGUCUUCACAAUUAAUCAAAGUGCUUAUGUGCUUGCCUUGACUUAAUAUAUCUCUGUCCCUCAUGCUAAUGUCCAGGGCUAGAAACAGUUCCCUGCCUCGCUUGUUAUCCCAAUAAUGCAGAGAAGUGAUGCUGAGUCACUGGAAACCCAGAGGCAGGUUGCGAUUUAAACCUCACCAUGUCCAGCAGCCUCCACACAGGAUUCCACUGCCUGUAGAAAACUGCUGAAUUAAAUAGUAAUCCUUGAGCACUUUCCCCAAGUGUCUAGUACUUCAGGCUAUCUCAUCCAAAAUUGCUCCUAUCCUCUUACUGGAAUAGGAUCAUCUUCUAUGUGAUUACGUUCUUGUGACAGACUUGGAAAGGCAAGCGCUUGCAGUUUCAUAAUGAAACCAUAGCCAGUUUUGACAUCAAGCCAAACUUGAAACAUUUUGCACUUCCUCCCAGUCAUUGCUUUUGCCCAGCUGGUUGGUGUUUGCCUGUCUUUGGUUUGUUUUGGGGUCAGAUAAAGCGGAGGAAAUAAAUCUCUUCUUUUCAUUUCUGUUUCAGGCUGUCAUGGCCAGUGAUUUUGCCAUAUCUCAAUUCAAGCACUUGAAGAAGUUGCUUCUAGUUCAUGGGCAUUGGUGCUAUUCCCGCUUAGGCAAGCUGGUGAUAUACUUUUUCUAUAAAAAUGUGGUAAGUUUCAGACAUCUUCAGUUGCCUCUGUGCCAGCUGCAAAUGCUUUCUUCUCAUAGCCACAGAUGAUGAGGACAAUGAAGGUUCAUAUUUGUACUGAUUAAGGAUCCAUGCCAGGCAGCUUACAAGCUCCAAAAAUACCAUACAGAACAUUCCAUUUAAAAAUCACAUUCAGAGCCUGAAAUGAUGAAUAACCAUCCAAUAAAAAGGCACAAUAAAAACAAAUUGGCCCUUAAGUUGACUACAUAGGCUUGUUCCCAUUUUUUCCUCAAAAGCUGAGAAGGAGACACUUCUAAGUCAUAAUCCCCUAUCUUAAAUAAUAAUGAUUUAAGGGAAAAAAUGUUCUGACAACCAUAGGUAUCAUCCUGGCUGUGUUUCUGCAUACAGAAUAGUAAAUUAUAACUACUCGGAAUGGGACUUGGCUCUGUAUUAGGCUGAAAAGCCUGCCAAUACACUUAAUUUGAUGAGAGCCACAUGCUAGCAAUUAGCAAUAACAGUAAUCAGCUUUACCAACAUAAUGAAAAAGCACUGUUGAAUACACAUCCCACACCUCCAUUUUCAAGUCAUGUAUUUCCAUAAGGGAGGUAACAUGAAACAUCACACUUUUUAGAGAUCCAAAGCUCAGGUUUGAGAAGGAGUAGAAGAGAAGCAAGUCUUCCAUGGGAACUAUCAGAGCUGUAUCACCUUAAUAAACUCCUUUCACGAGUCUUCCCUUCCCAUCACUUCCUUUUCAAAAGCCCACAUUUCCCCCUCCUCUCAUCCACUGUGGAUUCCAUUUUCCCUUUUGAUACUAUUUUUCUAUGUAUUGUUUCUCUGUGCUGUCUUGAAGAUACAGUGAAGAUUGUGUCUAAUGCAGUCCCACCCACCUUAUUCAAAUGAUCCGGUGGUAGGUAUUACAUGAACUCACCCUUCUCUAUUAGAUAUCCCAUUCCUGUGAACAGGAAUAUGUCGGCUGGAACAGCAAUAUUUGGGUUGUAGUUUGCCUUCUUUGCCAACAAGAUCCAUAAGAGUUGUUUCUUUUGCACUGGGAGCUUUCCACCUGCAGUUUGGUCUCUCACACACUAUAUAUUCUCUCCUUUUCCCGUUUUCUCACUUCUGUAUUCUAUUCAAAAAAGGUGUUGAACAUGUUUAAACUGAAGAGCUAUUCCAAGAGCAGAGAUUAAAUUUGUGAAAACAACCUUUGAAUAGCAAAUAAAUGGUUCCUGGCCAUCAGCACAUAAGGCUAACUGCAUACAGUGGUACCUGGGGUUAAGAACGUAAUUCGUUCUGGAGGUCCAUUCUUAACCUGAAACUGUUCUUAACCUGAGGUGCCACUUUGGCUAAUGGGGGCCCCCACUGCCACCAUGCCGCUGCCAUGUGAUUUCUGUUCUCACCCUGAAGCAAAGUUCUUAACCCAAGGUACUAUUUCUGGGUUAGCGGAGUCUGUAACCUGAAGCAUCUGUAACCUGAGGUACCACUGAACAGAUGUUUGCUACUAAGAAAACAAGUCUAACACACCCACCCCAAGACCCACUUGCUGGAGGCCGUUAGGCUGGUGUAGGGGGUGCAUUGUCCCUGGAGCUUCAGGAGAAAGUGGGUGUGUUAGUGCAAAAGGUUCUCAAACCUUUUACCCACCAGCUGCUUCCCCGUUCUAAAUUUCCCCAGCAGCAAUUUCUGUCUAUGGUAGUCCAAAACGUAGCGCAAACACACUUUUAGAAGUUCAUGGUAGGAAUAGCAACUUGGGGACGAUUUAGAGAGAAGAAAAAGGAGGCAAUAAUAUCAUACAGAAAUAUCAGUCAAGCACCCUUUCCCUCACUUUUUAUUUAAAUUCCCCACUCCCAAUGCUGCAUUUCUCUUUUAAAAAUAAUUUCAGAGCUCAGUUGUAGUUAGCUUCUCAGACUGAUCAAAAACCUGAUUAAGAUCAAAUACUUGGAUUUUUUGAAGUCACUUGGACUGAAUUGCCUUAAAUCAAAGUACUUAAGCAUUAACUGAGUCACAGCGCAGGCUGUAACGUGUUCUAGGAGCUUAUCAUCUGUACACAUGUAAGAAAGUGUGCGUGGAAAUAUCUUGAAUAACACAAACAGCUAAUGUAUUUUGCCUUUUAAACAUUUUCCCACCAGACCUACGUCAACCUGCUGUUCUGGUACCAGUUCUUCUGUGCAUUCUCUGGGGCCGCCAUGAUAGACUACUGGCAAAUGAUCUUCUUCAACUUGUUUUUCACUUCUGUGCCACCAAUACUUUCCGGAGUCCUAGAUAAAGAUGUUUCUGCAGGAACUCUGCUGAGCUUGCCUGGUCUUUAUAAGAGCGGACAAAACUCAGAGGUACACCUUUCUUGCUCAAGGAAGCCUCACAAGUCCCUAUAGUUUUUCACAUAUCCUUCAACGAAGUGGGUGAAAAAGCAGUUUGGGGAGGGCAAUUUUAAGGUGGGGAGGGUUAAGCAGCCUCCCUCUGUGCAGUCUUACUCCACCUAAACUGUAAUGAACUUUGGCUACAGUCUACAGUCACUUCAGGUGACUUCUCUUGCACUGGGAAAAGAAAUGCAAUGAGAUCUAAAUAUGUGAAGAAUAAGAAUUUUCAGAAGCAUUUUAGAAAACAUAAUGUUCUGUACCCUAUUCUCUGGUUUUAUAAAGUACAUCAAUAGGAUUCUGUUUUAUUCUGAAACUUUAGGUUAUUUAUUAUUUUUCAUGUGCAUGGUACUAUUUGUAUUGAAAGUUAUUUACCAUCCAUAUCUCAUUUAUCCUCACAAUUGCCCCAUUGUACAUAAAUUGGGGGAUUGUGACUUGCUGAAGGCCAUCCCACGCAGUUUAUGCCUGAAUGGGUGCUUUUACAGCCCAGUGCUGUAAAAGGAAAGCUUUCAGUCUAGUUAUUCUCCUCCCUGAUGGCUUCCCCAAGGAGGGGGAAACUGGAGAGUUUUGACUCUCUUUUUUCACAGAGGACUCAACUGCCACAUUAAAUACAAAAAAAAACCCCUCUGACUGAAAAUCAAGUGUUUCUCUUUGUGUUAUGAUUUGCUGCAGGUUUACAAGCCUCUGACGUUCUGGGUUGCCAUUUUGGAAUCUUUUUAUCAGAGCCUUAUCUGCUUCUUUGUCCCUUAUCUAGUAAGUAUUUAAGGCACUCUCUAAGCGGCUCUUAAUGAAACAAAAAUUGUGUCAGUCAAUAAGCCUACAACUAUUUCUGUUUUCCAGGCAUAUCUUGAUUCCGAUAUUGACAUUUUCCGCUUUGGAACAACAAUCAAUACAGUCGCUCUCCUUACUAUUCUGUUUCACCAAGCUUUAGAAAUUCAAACAUGGGUAUGUAGAUAAAGCCUUCAGUAACUAUUAUAGCUUUCUGAUUGCCUGCUUUUAGAAAUGAUUAUCAUAACUUAUGUACCCUGUGCUAGCUUGUUCUGCAUCCCUUUUAAGAUUUGGCUAGUCUCCAAAAUAAUAAACAUGCUAUUGUGAUUAACAAAACAGAGAACAGGAUUCAGCUAAGGAGUCCCAUCAGUGCAAUCCCUGUGAAAGGACUUCACUUGCACAAUGGAGUUGUCCUUGUUUCGGAAGCUGAAAUGUUUUGCCACAUAAAUGAAAAAUAUUCUAGUUUGUUAAUCGCAUAUAUAUAUAUAUAUAUAUAUGCGCACAUCAAUAUCUGGCUCCUUCUGCAUGAACAUUUGCAGUUGUUGCUUUUUCUCAUGUACUGGAAUCCUGGUGACCAAACUUGCUGCCAUAAUGGUUCCUUUCCUCGCAUCUUGUCCACAGACUCUGUCCCAUGGAAUUACAAUCACUGUGAGCAUUCUUCUGUACUUCAUUUUCUCAACCAUCUACAAUGCCACAUGUGUUAUCUGCAACCCUCCCACCAAUCCCUACUGGAUUAUGGAGUUUGAGAUGUCGCAGGCGAGCUUUUAUUUCAUAUGCAUCAUUACUCCAGUCAUAGCACUUCUUCCAAGGUUUGAACAUAUGCUUCUUUUUGUACCUGUUGGGUAGAAUACCAUGUCCUGGUCAGCAACAACCUAGUUCCUGGGUAAUGGUGGGAGGGGGCUUUAAAAAUGGAUUCCAACAGACUUAGUGUGCUGUUUCUUAUCUCCCCAUCACCUGCUGUGCCUCUGAUCAGCUACUUUCUUCUGAUUUCUGAUGGUCUCUGGAAGAGAGGCUUAAAAUCCUUGACAGCCUGUUCCCUUUCGUGCUGUCACAACCUCUUUCUGGAGUUCGGGAGGCAUCAAGUCUGUGUACCUUGGCUGGAACAUAAAGGCUUUGUGGUUGUGCUGUGUAAUGGAGUUCUUUGAGAGGCAACCUUUGAGCAUUUCAAAGUAGAGGGGGAAACUGCUUUUCUGGUGCUUUCCUCUUCAGCACUCGAAUAUGGAUCUAGUUAACUGUCAGGUCUCAAAACUUUUUCCCAGCUGUCAACAAGGCCUUAGAACAACUACAAAUGUACAGUGUUUGCUUCACCACCACUGCUAUACAGAGAGAGAAAAGGAGACAGAGAAAGCAAAGCAUGUAGAAGCAGAAUCUUCUGCUCAUUUGAUUUGGAAAUCUUGUUCUUCAUUUAUCCUACUUUAUUCACUCACUAUAAACACAUAUUGAUUUGAGGGAAGAUUCAGAAGGAGAACAUUAAAGCUUUUUUCCAUUGUAUUCUGCUCCUUUGGUUUUGGUUUUCUCUUAAAAAAGAAAUCGGCUCCUCUAUUGUGAAAUAAUUAUUCAGGCUGGAGUUUCACAAGGGUCCCUGCAGUCUGAAGGUUAAAAAGCUGCCAUACAUUAACCGUGUGAGCCCUGCCACAGUUGUAUGUCAGCGAUGCACUCCCAAGUGCCACCUGUAUGAGGAUGGAAUUUAGAGCAAAUGGCUGCAUUCAGACAUUGGUUCAUUCUUACUUGAAUGAGCUUGGGCAAGCCUUGGACUGUCAUACUCCAGCAGACCCAUGAGGAGAUCGGAAGUUUUUAAUUUAAAAAAAACCAACUAACCACAGUUUAUCAUUAUGUUUAAAUCUGAACAAACAGUGGUUUUUGGAAUUGACUUAUUUCAGUAAACUAUAUUUAAAUCUAUGAUUGACCGCAGUUUAGGGUUCACUAAGUCCAAGUCCCUGCUUAUGUUAGGAGGCUCUCUUUGUCCCCACCAUGGGAGCAGGGGUGAAAACAUGCUGGCAGCCACAGCAACAGAGGUUUCCUGGUGUGGUGCAUGUCAUCUUCUCUCUUGGGAGAGGAGCUAGAUUCAGGCAGCCCAUAGCACUAAACUGCAGUUAACAAAAAUUGGAAGUGAAGACUUCUAACCUCCUCUUCACGGCUGCACCAAAGGAGGUGGGGACUGUGUCACUAAAGGACAAGGCUCAUUAAUGCAAUAAUGAGCCAUAGUUUAUCACCAGAUCCAACUUCAGUCAAUGAAUAUAUACAAAGAUAUUACCAGGGACUUUGGCAUGAUCCAUCUUUCUAACCUGUCAUUUCCCCAUGUAAUGAGGAAAUGUGGUUACCACAUACCACCCUGAUCUUAAGCAGGAGCUAGAUAGCAACCCCUGACCUGGGAGUCUCUCCUUUUAUUUGAUUCUCACUACAGCAGACUAGGGCUUGUAAGGGAUCAGAACUCUAUGAUCACUUCCCAAGGGGAAAAUAGGAGGAAGAAGAUCAGGCAUGGUGGGCUUUUCUCACAUUCAAAUCUCCUACGAAGUGGAGCAGGAAGAGAUGAGAACUGAACUCUAGUUCUCUGAAGCUUGGCAGGAUGGAGUUAUUCUACUCCCUCUAUGUAGAGCUGGACUGUGUCCCACUUUGGCUUUGAACUUUCUGUACCUAGUUAUUCUUACACUAGUGGCUAUCAGGCAAACCAAGAAGGGAUUGCAAUAAGGCUAGAAGCCAUGUGAGCAGAGGGUGCUAAAUUCUCUCCCAUGGGGAGUUUACAAUCUAAACAAGCCAAGUCAAGGCAGAAUCUGAGAACUAUCUUAGGAAUUGAUUUUUACACAGAUCAGCCAGCCACAUGCGUGUAAGCAAAUAAUGUUACAUUCCUAAAAGGAUUUAGCUCUGCCCACAGGCCUGGUCAAUCUGUGCUGAAAACUAGUUCAUAAGGCUGUUAGCACCAUACGAUGAUUUACAAAUAUGACCCAGAGCUGCAAAACUAAUAAGCAUUGUCACUUUCUGCUUAGCUUGCUGGUGUUGAACGGCGGUGCCAAAACAAGAUACAACCUGUACUUUUUCCUGCUGUUCACUACAUGGAAAGGAAAGAAAAAAGAUACUCCCACUCAACUAAUUACCUCCACCCAAAAAUGGCCCCCUGGAAUCAAUCACCAGUUUGUUUAUUUCUUUUGACAUACCGGUAUUUAUAGCCCACUUGUUUCCUAAGAUCUCAUGGUAGAGAACCACAACACUUCAUUUAAAACUAGAAUCAAUUAAUCAAAAAUUAAAAUAACAUCAAAUAACAUUUCAGUUACAGCUGAUCAUAAAGCAACAGAAAUGUCUCUAAAAAGCCCAAGCUGGACCUCAAUAUUUUCGAAAGGCUUGAAUGUUUUACACUGGCACUGAUUGGGGGGGGAGAGUAGAUGUCAGCUGAAUUUCAGAGAGGAAGGCGUCUCACAACCUGGGCACUACCACACAGAAGGCCCUUUCUCACAUCACCUUACACUGUGUGAGGUGAGACACUGUGGUAAACUUUUAACAUUCAAGUGGGAUUACAUAGGGAGAGGUGCUCCUUCAGAUAUUUAGGUUCAAAUCAUAAUCUUAUUGGCAGCCAGUGCAGUUCUUUCAGAACCAAUGGGAUGUGUCUAGCUGUUCUGCUCAUUUUGCUGUAGCUGCCAUUUUGAGUCAUUCAAAGAGUCAACCUACACAGAGCACAAUUCAAUAUUCAGAAUGGAAGGUUAUCACAGUAUGAGUUUGUGCCCAGGCUGUCUCUGUCCCAACACAGCCACAGCAGGUGGCGAAAGCUGGCCUAAGGUACUUCACACCACUGAGGACACUUGAACCUCCUGUGACAAAGAUGGAUCUCGGAAUAUUCCCAGACUAUGUACUUGUUCUUUCAAGGGGAGUGUAGCCACAUCAAAAGCGGUGGUUUACUGUCACUCUUUGCCCUAAGAAACACUGCUUCCAGGAGGCUUUUGGAUGAGGGGGAACCAUAACUGCAGUAUUUUAUGAACAGUUGGGUGUUGCCAUUUUUAUUGUGCAUUGCACUGAUAUAAUUGUUUCUUAUGUUUUUGUGUUGCUUAUGUUGCAAACCACCCUGCGGCCUUUUGACAAAGGACAGUAGAUCCAUUUCUUAAUGACUAAUUAAAUAAAUUUUUCCCACACCGUAGCACUCUGCCUUGUCAGGAUUCAGUCUCAAUUCCUGGGCCCUCAUCCAGCCCAUCAAAGCUACCUUAGUGCACACCAUUUCUAGCUAGACCACAGAGACCCACAGAGAAAUGCAGCAGGUGUACUAGCUCCUGAACCUUGCCCCACAGCCCUCUUCCAUGCAAUAUGCACAGGGCAGCCCCACAGUAUCCUUGCUCCCUUCUCUCCUUUGCAACCCCCUCCCUCCAACAAAAGGACUUUCCUAUCUUCAAACCUGUCUCUAACAACUCUGUAUUAUUUGUCACUCAUAUAGCCUGCCUUUCCUCCAAAGUCUAUAAGGCAGUGUACAUGGUUUCUCCUCCCCUGCAACCAAGUGAGAUGGGUCAGGCUAAAAGAAAGCGACUGGCCUAAAAUCACAUCAUGGCUGAUUUGACCCUCCUACAAAUUCCAAGCCCUCGGCUGGCCUAUCAGUGUUAUAAGGUCACUGUAACAAGCAGAUUGUCUUCAUAAAAGAUUACCCAAGAGCAUUACAGUGGUACCUCAGGUUACAUACGCUUCAGUUUACAUACGCUUCAGGUUACAGACUCUGCUAACCCAGAAAUAGUGCUUCAGGUUAAGAACUUUGCUUCAGGAUGAGAACAGAAAUCGUGCUCCGGCGGUGUGGGGGCAGCGAGAGGCCCCAUUAGUUAAAGUGGUGCUUCAGGUUAAGAACAGUUUCAGGUUAAGUACGGACCUCCGGAACGAAUUAAGUACUUAACCUGAGGUACCACUAUAUACUACCUCAUCAGAUAUCUACAGAAUAGGAGAACCAGGAAGAGUGAAAGCUUGUUUUUAUGAGGGUACUACUAAAGUUGUUUGUUUGUUUGUUUGUUUGUUUGUUUAGGUAUCUUAUCUUGGCUCUUCAGGGAACUUUUGAGGUAUCGCCCAUUGUGAAAGCACAACACUUGGAUAAGCUCCCUAAAGAACAGCAGGACUGGGAAAUAAAGAAAUGGAAAUUGAGGGAACAAGGCCAAGGUGUCUGCAAUGAUGGGCCCGAAGGACCCAUUGCAAACAUGGGUGUGUCUUCACCUGACAUUGCAGCAGAGCACACGUUUCAAGGUCUCUGUCCUCCAGAACAAGAAGCCCUCAGGAACCAGGCAUCGAACAGAGGAGGCAAUGACUACACCAAAUGGUGGGGUGGGGAAGAGGAUGUGGCUGCCGGUUUCCUGUCAGCAGAUGCAUCUCCUGGGCAAAGUAUACCAGCAAAGCCCUUUUCUGGCCUCCUGACCAAUGGCGCUGAAAAUUCCAGUCAAAGGAGCCACCGGCGGUCUGUGAGUGCAGUGACUCUAUGA